AUGAAGUGGAGCGGUAACAGUUGAUACACUUCUCAGACUUGUUUAGAUAAUGUAGGCCAAAUGGCAUGCAUAUUCAUGGGGGUGGGGGGAGGCAUGCAUAUUAAUUUGAGAGAGGAUAUGUUUUCUGUUCAUUCUAUGUUUAUUGUUUACAUGAAUUGUGUGUUACUGUCAUGUGUUUUGUGUGUAUCACAUGCCUGUGUACGUCUGUGUUCAUAUAUGUCGUUAUUACUGUGUAAUGUGUUGUUUGUCUCUGCUGAGCAGAGUACAAAUGUGGAGGAUUAUAACCUCACAGUGAUGAUCCAACCAAUGUGUUCAUUUACUUAUUCACGCCUCCACUGACUCAAAACUCAAAGAUUCAGACAUGCUCCAAACAUACACAGCAGCUCAGCUGGCUUUGCAAGGCACUGUAGUAGUCAAGGCGUCAGUGUGUGUGUGUGUGUGUGUGUGUGGAUAGGUGUGUGUGCUUUUGCUUGGAAAGACAAGUGGAAUAGUAGGAUUAGAGGGAUGUAAUGGAAGAGUAAGAGGGAAUGGCAGAAGAUAAUGAUGAUGAGAUUCGGAGCUGAUGAAGAGAAGAGAAAGAGAUUGUAUAUUGGAAGAGAUGGAGAGGAGAUAAGGACUGGAAGAAACAUCGGAUGAGUGGAGCUGAGACAAGUUCUAGGCCCAGAGCCUAGUAAUGGUGAUGUAAAGUGAGGGAUGGAGGAAGAUGCCACAGUCACAAAGGAAAGGAAAUGGAGUUUGUGUGAUCUUGUCUCGGAUCCAUUCUUAAACUCCCCGUCGCAAGUGCCCACAGCAUCUCCACCUCAUCAUUACUAUUCAGAGGUUCCAUCAUUAGCAUAGGGCUCAGUGAUGUCACCUGAGGCCAAAUAGGAGCACCCAGUGAACUUCCCAUAAUGGCACUCUCUGCAUACUCCUGGCGCUUCCUGUGUCCAAGCUCUACUCUCUCAGCGCCGACAAAGACCUCUCCACAGAGAAACCCCUCCACUUACGAUAGAUGGUCUUUUAAAUGAAGGGUGAACUGUGCAUUAUGACAAUAUAAUUUAUUUACACAUAUAUUGCAGUUUAAACCAGGGGUUGGAACGUUCUGAACAGAACCACUAUUGUUUUUAUUUCGUUCCACUGUUCCGAACAGCAAAAUAAAGUUCUGAUCCGGUUCUAACCCCCCAAAAAGUGACAGUUUAUAUCAUUAUUUUCUGUUCCUUUUUUAACCUGUGAAAUAUAUAUAUAUUUUACAUUUAGCUCAUUAAAUUACUUCACCAACCAGUGCGGAUAGAACAGGCAAGCUAGUUGUUUACAUGCGUGAUGGACAGACAAGUGUAGCCUAUGGCACAAGAUGCGACUGAAAAAUGCCUGGAAUGUAAAAUAAUGUUAUUAACCGGUUCCUAUGCUUUUAAAAUAACGGUUCUGUUCUGGAACAGUAUGGAUAACUUUUGUUCCAGAUUCCGUUUCUGUUCCUUGAAAAUGUUUGUUAUUUUCCAGUUUUGGCUUCUGUUCCCUGAACCGGUUCCAACCCCCCUGGUUUAAACAGCUGCAAAUACUUGGUUAAUGUUCAAGCUAAGGGUUUUAUGAAAAUAUAUAUUUUUAAUCUUACAUUUGUUAAUUUCAAACAAAACACCUGCCAUACAUUUGUGCUAAAGGCAAUUACUGAGAUGAUUGUCAAGCUAGCUAAGCUGUAAUGCACUGCCCUAGCAAAAUCAUGUCGAAAAUUAGACCAAUUUCCUCACUUGUGUUGCAUAGCAUUGCAUGCAUUUGAUGUUUGAAUAUUAUUAUGUGCCAUAUGUUGGGUAUGUGAGUGUAUGUAUAGACUAUAGUAAAUGUGUGUGCAAAUUUACAGCAUGAUUCUCUGGUUAAAGUGUGUUUAUCGUCUUAAACUGUGUGUGUGCGUGUGUUUUGAUCUGACUGGCUGGCACCCUGCCCAUGUCUCUUGACAAUGAUAAAUGAUGUAGAUUAGCAUAGUGCACCCUCCCCUACAAAGCCAACACAAUCAUGUAUCACAGCACUAAACACAACUUACUCACCGCAGCCUCAAUUACUAGCAGAUUAAUAGUCUCUUAAUCAGAUCUCUCAUCUCAUCUCUUUCUGUGUCUCUCUGUGUGCUCUUCCCAGUCAGGGUGACUGUCUGUCUCAUCCAUUGGUCUCAUCACAAAGAAUAGCUCUGUUUGUUUAGGGAGGCCAGGCCAGUUGAUUAAGGGGGGAUUUCUCUGCAAAGUGGGGGGAAGGCUCUAUGCAAAGUGGGGUAAAGCUAGGCUAGUUUGUUAUAGAAGGGUUGCUCUGCCAAUUUAGAAUGACAAAGCCCAUCUCUGAAUUGAGGUGUAAUAUAGCUGUUUUAAAGGACAAAUACCAAUGUAUGUAGGGAGAUAGCUCUGUUAUCUGGAGAGGCAGAGCAUUCAUACUUUAGACAAUGUCCCUGCUUGUUUUGGUGGGAAGACAUUAGAGGGGUCUUUUCUUUCUCUCUACCUUUUCACUUACAUGUUUAGUUACAGUAUUGUUGUCUUGUUGUCUUGCAGGAGCCACUCUACUCCAAACCCCACUGCAUGGUUUCUAUAGCAACAUGGGGAUUUCUUCAUUGACAAAUGGGUCUUGAUUAACUGGGUAAAGAGGCUGAUUUGUUAAGCCCUUAAAUUGUAUGCAAAGCCAUAGAACUCUCCUCUUGUUGCUUCUCCAUAAUUUUUCUGCCAGCUGAUCUUGAGCCGAAUGCUUCAUUAGGUCCAGGCCCGAGAACAUACUGAGACUGAAUCAAAAGGAGGAGAUGAGGACUCCACAGCCUUCUUUGUGGGAGGCUGACCGUGGGAGGAGAAAGGAGAGAAAGAGUGUGGGAGAGUGGAUGAGGGAGAGAUUGAGAAACACUGAGAAUGAGAGAGAUGAGGAAAAUUGAGCUGUUGUGCUCUGGACCAAAACACAGACAACCUGACUGGUUCUGCUUUCUCUCCACCGCCCUCUCUGAGUGUGUGUUGUAUGUCAAGAUGUAUAUGUGUGUUUACAUGUGUGUGUGUUCAUAUGUGUAUCAGUAUCUUAGCCAAUGUGAGGAUAAUGUCACUAUCCAUGAAGAGCGGGGGGGGGGGGGGGGGUGGGGGGGGCGUUUCCGUGACAACAUCAGGCUCUGCCAAGUAGGUCUGCCCCUAUUUGAGACAACGGUCCUUGAGAUGAGAUCCAUGAUGUGUGUGUUUGUAUUGUGUGUGUGUGUGUGUGAGACAGCAGUGUGUGUCAGUGGUGGAGAGAUUGUGUGAUUCUGUGUGAGUGUUUAGUCCACAUUUAGACAGGCGUUUGUACAGCUGUGAAUGAAAGCUUUCAGAGAUAAUGACAGAGAUGGUGCUAUCUCUGUGUUUGUAUGCCAGUGGGAUAGGAGGAUCAGUUUGAACAGCUCCUCUGUUCCUCCACCAGGGAGGGAGGGAAGGAUGGAAGGAUGAUACUGUGUGUCAAGUGGGUUUAGUGUGGAGCUAAAUGUUUACUCAUGAAAGACCUGUGUCAACUGUUGGUUAUGAGUGGGCUGUAAGUGUGCAGUAAAUGUGAGAGUGUUUGAAUGUGUCAUGGUCUUUAUAAAGAUAUGAUACUUUUUGUGUAGUUCUGUGUGUGGGUUCUGUUAAUAAUAGGAGGAAUGGUAUGCGUAGGGGUUAUGCAUAUGUUGGUUGUUUGUAGGUUGUACGUACCACUGUAAUUUGUUGGACAUGUGUGGAGGUCUGCAUGACGUGGGUGAUUAAAGCUUGGUGAGGCUGUGUGUUUAUGUCUGUUCAGCGGUGCCCAGAAUGGCACUAUGUUCAGCUCUGUGCCACAUGUGUUCAUCUCUGAGAUCUCUGUUUGUCCAUUUUAAUUAAACCAAGCACUGGCACACACUCACAGGCUGCAGUUUCAAAGGCCAGAAAUGAGUGACGCAGACACAAACACACUCAUACUCACACACAGACACACACAUGCUAACACACACACACAGUCAGAGAUAGAGAGAGAGGGGGGGGGGGGGGGAGAGAGGGGUGGGGGGGGGGGAGAGAGACAAGAUGGAGUGAUAGAGUCACUGUAGAUCCCUCAGGACUGCAGAGCUGAACUGAUAAGAGGGAGUUUCUUCACACAGCCCUGCCUAGAUAACAUAACAUCUUCACACACAAUAUUUAUACUGAUGCCUGUGAGGGACUGAGGUUGUUGGAGCUUACAUCUGAAACACACUGCCUGCAUCGGCCUUCGUAAUAAUCUGGAUGGAUGGAGUUGAUACAAAGAUUAUUGUUACUUAAAUGAAAUUAUGUUGUCUCUCAAAAUAAUAUGCUGUAUAUGCUAUUUCUCAAUGAAACAUAAAUCAAUACAUGUGUAUAAAGUAGUAGCAGACAGCAGCAGAGAGGAGUAAGCCAAUACAAAUCUGUUUACCUGAAUAUAUCCCUUUGUAAUGAGAGUUUUCACCGCGUCAUCUCCUCCACUCCCUCCAGGGCUGGAUGACUGUCUGCUGCAGUACAUUAAGACGUUUGAGAGGGAGAAGGUGGGGGGAGACCAGCUGCUUCGUAUCACCCACCAGGAGCUGGAGGACCUGGGAGUGUCCCGCAUCGGACACCAGGAGCUCAUCCUGGAGGCUGUGGACCUACUCUGUGCCCUGGUGAGUCCUCCAUCCCUUUCACUCAGCCAUUUCAUUCCCCUCUAGAGCAGGGGUCUUCAACCUUUUCUUGCCCAGGGACCCCCUCCCAGGCAAACCGGCAACCCAGGGACCCCAUCAUAUGUUACCAAACCUUUUCUUUCACGUCUUGUCUUAUCAUCAGGUGAAUGAAAGUGGCAAGGCGAAAUAAUCAACAUAUAUUUUUAAAUGAAUAGAUAUGGUAGAUCGUUUUUCACUAUUUUGACCUCCCCACAUUAUAAUUUGCGGCAGGUAGCUUAGUGGGUAAGAGCGCUGUGCCAGUAACCGAAAGGUCGCUGGUUCUAAUCCCCGAGCCGACUAGGUGAAAAAUCUGUCAAUGUGCCCUUAAGCAAGGCACUUAACCCUAAUUGCUCCUGUAAGUCGCUCUGGAUAAGAGCGUCUGCUAAAUGACUAAAAUGUAAAUGUAAAUAAUUGGAGGAUGAAGUGUAAACUCUUAACUGCCUAUUAGCAAGAAAGUUAACUCCAAACACAUUUGCACUAAAAGAACAUCUGUUUAACUGGUUAAACAAAGGUUAGCCAUGUUUUUGCAAAAAUGAAUUACCAAGUCAAGAAAGCUUACCACCAACCAGUGGCACUUGCCACACUGGUAGCCUAUUCGCAGGUGCUUUUUCAAAGUCUAUGUCAGAUACAGAUACAGUAUGAAAAUGUAUGCACUCACUAACUGUAAGUCGCUCUGGAUAAGAGCGUCUGCUAAAUGACUGAAAACGUAAAAAAUAAAAAAAUACUCCAGUGAGUGUAAUUGGCUCUAAUGAGUGUAAUUUGCUCAAGAUUAGGAGUUGAGAAUCAUUGAGGAUCGAUGAACCCACCAAAGAGUGUGAAUCAAGUCAGGAAGUCAGAGAACCAUCCAGAGACUAACUCAAAUAGUCUAGGUCUAGGCUUAAUCUGUGUCCGGGAAACAAACCCCUUCUUUUUUGGCCAUAGUGAAGACCCCUUUUUAGAGGUCAGACAGGCAGCUGGCGGGGGUAGUGCUUAACUGUAAGAGUCUUUACAGUUUAGGAGUGAAGUGCUGGGAUAUGUUAAAGCAUUUCUGCACUGACAGCAUUUCAGACUCUUGUUCUAUCUUGUAUGUUUUGUUUGUCUGACGUCUGUGUCCAUUUUAGGACAUUCUAUCAUUCUAUAUUCCCUUUAGGUUGCAUUUUCUUUAUGAUUAUUGAUAAUUAGUUGAUGACAUACUCACGGUUGGCCAACAUCUGUUUUAGGCUGUCAGUGUUGUGAUAGAUCAGGUAAUUGCCCUGUUUGUCAGUUAAUUUCCCUUGUUCCAUCUGUGUGCUGGAGGGAUAGUCACUCACUGAAAAGAAACAUUAAUCAUCUCUGAUAAUCCCCUGGACUAAUUUCCCAUUCUCUCUGCCACCCCACACAUACUGUACAGACACAAUCACACCACCCCACACACACACAACACAAUCACACCAGUUUCUAGGGUGGUCUGGGUGGGUGUGACACAUGGAUGAUAAAGAACGAUGACCAACAGAAAAUAAUAGAUGGAGAGAAAGAGGGGGAGAUGGAGGAUGAGAGAGAAGAGAGAGGAUGCGAGUAGAGAUUGAGUGGGUGAGAUUGAUGGGAAUAAAGGGAAACGAGUGAGGUGGGAUAACUAUUUAACUCACUGUUUAGCAGUCUAAUGGCUUGGGGGUAGAAGCUGUUCAGGGUCAAGUUGGUUCCAGACUUGGUGCAUUGGUACCGCUUGCUGAGCGGUAGCAGAGAGAACAGUCUAUGACUUGGGUGGCUGAAGUCUUUGACAAUUUUUAGGGCCUUCCUCUGACACCGCCUGGUACAGAGGUCCUGGAUGACAGGGAGCUCGGCCCUAGUGAUGUACUGAGCCGUACGCACUACCCUCUGUAGCGCCUUGCGGUCGGAUGCCAAGCAGUUGCCAUACCAAGCGGUGAUGCAGCCAGUCAAGAUGCUCUCAAUGGUGCAGCUGUAUACGUUUUUGAGGAUCUGAGGGCCCAUGCUGAAUCUUUUCAGCCUCCUGAGGGGAAGAGGCGUUGUCAUGCCCUCUUCACGACUGUGUUGGUAAAUGUGGACAAUGAUAGUUCCUUAGUGAUGUGGACACUGAGGAACUUGAAGCUCCCGACCUGCUCCACUACAGCCCCGUCAAUGUGGAUGGGGGCAUGUUCGGCCCUCCGUUUCCUGUAGUCCACUAUCAGCUCCUUUUUCUUGCUGACAUUGAGGGAGAGGUUGUUGUCCUGGCACCACACUGCCAGGUGUCUGACCUCCCUGUAGGCUGUCUCAUAGACUGUUCUCUCUGCUACCGCAUGGCAAGCGGUACCGAUGCACCAAGUCUGGAACCAACAGGACCCUGAACAGCUUCUACCCCCAAGCCAUAAGACUGCUAAAUAGUUAGUUAAAUAGUUAACAAAUAGUUACCCAGGCUAUCUGCAUUGACCCUUUUUGCACAAACUCUUCUGACUCAUCACAUACGCUGCUGCUACUGUUUAUUAUACACUGAGUGUACAAAACUUUAAGAACAUGACAUAGACUGCUCUUUCCAUGACAUAGACUGACCAGGUGAAUCCAGGUGAAAGCUAUGAUCCCAUACUGAUGUCACUUGUUAAAUACACUUCAAUCAGUGUAGAUGAAGGGGAGGAGACAGGUUAAAGAAGGAUUUUUAAGCCUAGAGACAUGGAUUGUGUAUGUGUGCCAUUCAGAGGGAGAAUGGGCAAGACAAAACAUUUAAGUGCCUUUGAACGGGGUAUGGUAAUAGGUGCCAGGCGAACCGGUUUGUGUCAAGAAUUGCAACGCUGCUGGGUUUUUCACACUCAACAAUUUCCUGUGUGUAUCAAGAAUGGUCCACCACCCAAAGGACAUCCAGCCAACUGGACACAUCUGUGGGAAGCAUUGGAGUCAACAUGGGCCAGCAUCCCUGUGGAACACUUUCGACACCUUGUAGAGUCCAUGCCCCGACAAAUUGAGGCUUUUCUGAGGGCAAAAGAGAGGGGUUUAAUUCAAUAUUAGGAAGGUGUUCCUAAUGUUUGGGAUACUCAGUGUAUAUAUUGUUGCUUAGCCACUUUAUCUCUACCUACAGUUGAAGUUGGAAGUUUACAUACACUUAGGUUGGAGUCAUUAAAACUCAUUUUUCAACCACUCCACAAAUUUCCUGUUAACAAACUAUAGCUUUGGCAAGUCGGUUAGGACAUCUACUUUGUGCAUGACACAAGUAAUAUUUCCAACAAUUGUUUACAGACAGAUUAUUUCACUGUAUCACAAUUCCAGUGGGACAGAAGUUUACAUACACUAAGUUGACUGUGCCAUUAAACAGCUUGGAAAAUUCCAGAAAAUGAUAUCAUGGCUUUAGAAGCUUCUGAUAGGCUAAUUUACAUAAUUUCAGUCAAUUGGAGGUGUACCUGUGGAUGUAUUUCAAGGCCUACCUUCAAACUCAGUGCCUCUUUGCUUGACAUCAUGGGAAAAUCAAAAGAAAUCAGCUAAGACCUCAGAAAAAAAUUUGUAGACCUCCACAAGUCUGGUUCAUCCUUGGGAGCAAUUUCCAAAUGCCUGAAGGUAUCACGUUCAUCUAUACAAACAAUAUUAUGCAAGUAUAAACACCAUGGUACCAUGGAGAUGAACGUACUUUAGUGCGAAAGGUGCAAAUCAAUCCCAGUACAACAGCAAAGGACCUUGUGAAGAUGCUGGAGGAAACAGGUACAAAAGUAUCUAUAUCCACAGUAAAACGAGUCCUAUAUCGACAUAACAUGAAAGGACGCUCAGCAAGGAAGAAGCCACUGCUCCAAAACCGCCAUAAAAAAGCCAGACUACGGUUUGCAAUUGCACAUGGGGACAAAGAUCGUACUUUUUGGAGGAAAAAGGGGGUAGCUUGCAAGCCGAAGAACACCAUCCCAACCGUGAAGCACGGUGGUGGCAGCAUCAUGCUGUGGGGGUGCUUUGCUGCAUGAGCGACUGGUGCACUUCACAAAAUAGAUGGCAUCAUGAGGAAGGAAAAUUAUGUGGAUACAUUGAGCAAACAUCUCAAGACAUCAGUCAGGAAGUUAAAGCUUGGUCGCAAAUUGGUCUUCCAAAUGGACAAUGACCCCAAGCAUACUUCCAAAGUGGUGGCAAAAUGGCUUAAGGACAACAAAGUCAAGGUAUUGGAGUGGCCAUCACAAAGCCCUGACCUCAAUCCUAUAGAAAAUUUGUGGGCAGAACUGAAAAAGCGUGUGCGAGCAAAGAGACCUACAAAACUUACUUUCACCAGCUCUGUCAGGAGGAAUGGGCCAAAAUUCACCCAACUUAUUGUGGGAAGCUUGUGGACGGCUACCCGAAACAUUUGACCCAAGAUAAACCGUUUAAAGGCAAUGCUACCAAAUACUAAUUGAGUGUAUGUAGACUUCUGACCCACUGGGAAUGUGAUGAAAGAAAUACAAGCUGAAAGAAAUAAUUCUCUACUAUGAUUCUGACAUUUCACAUUCUUAAAAUGAAGUGGUGAUCCUAACUGACCUAAGACAGGGAAUUAUUACUAGGAUUAAAUGUCAGGAAUUGUGAAAAACUGAGUUUAAAUGUAUUUGGCUAAGGUGUAUGUAAACUUCCGACUUCAACUGUAUCUACCUCAAUAACCUCCUACCCCUGCACAUCGACUCGGUACUGGUACCCUGUGUAUAUAGCCAAGUUAUCGUUACUCAUUGUGUAUUUAUUCCUUGUGUUAUACUUUUUCUAUUUUUUAUUAUUUCUCUGCAAGUCUACACCUGUUGUUUACGAAGCAUGUGACAAAUAAAACUGUUUAUUUGAUAGAGAGAGAGAGAGAGAGAGAGAGAGAGAGAGGAGGGGAUAUAAGAGAGGAAGGGAUUAGAGAGAGAAAGAGGAAGAGAUAGAGAGAGAGAGAGAGAGAGAGAGAAGGAGAGAGAGAGAUAGGAGAGAUAGAGGAGAGAGAAGUGAGAGAGAUGCUCUAGAGCUCAGAUUAUCUCGUUUAUAGCGAUACGAGUUAUCAAUAUCUGAUUCUCUCUCGUCUCUCUCUUCUUUUCUCUCUCUCUCUCUGUCUGUCCUCUGAUGUCUCUCGCUCUCUUGUGCCUCUGCUCCUAUUCUGUUUUUCUCUCUCUCUUCUUUCAGUCUGCUCUCCUCGCUCCUCGUCUCUCUCUUGCCUCUCAUAGCGUUCUCUUCGUCUCUCUCUGCUUCUCCUCUUCUGCUUUCGGUGCUCGCUCGUCUUGCUCUCUUUCUCUCGCUCUCCUCCUUCCUCUCUCUCCUCUCUCUUUCGAGAGGCUCUCCAGGUGGCCUCUCGUUUCUAGUUUCCUCAGCAUAGGUCCAAAUGUUAUCUGAAGCCCACUCAUCCUCCCUAGCUGUACGGGUAAGCUCGCCUUCACUCCCAAAGCCCCUUAUGUAACUGGGAUUUGGUUAAGUCAGUCAGUCAGGCACUGCUGUAUUAAAUACGAUUACUCAUCGGAAAGCCCCCCUCUAAGAAACCCUCUCAUGACAGACGUCCACAGGCCCCCACGUGCAGUGGGGCAUUGUGGGUAGCGGGUAAUGAGUGUUCUGGUUUCCCCACACAUGCGAGGUGACAGCUGGAGGUGGAGUGGGGGGCGGGUCUGAUGGGUCACUGGUUCUGUUCGAUCCUCACGUUUGUCACACAGUGAGACAGGCAUAAGCAGGCGGGCUGGACUCCCUGUGAGCCCGUUAGUAUGACUGGCUUUCUAUUUACCACACUUUUAAUCCCUGUACUUUCUCUGCCUGUAUGGAAAGAAACAUGUUACAGUGAAUUGUGUGUUCAUGCCACAUUCCCUUCCUUUGAACGAGGGUGAAGAGUGUUUACGUGAAAGGGAGUAUAGGGAGCGUUUUUAUUAUUACUGUUGACUUGAUUAUCUAAACUACAUUAUCUUACAGUAUAUUUACAGCUUUUGGGAAAGUUAGUAACCUUGAAUUUUCUCCUUUAGUUGCCUUCACAUGUACAGGAUGUGACUUACUGGUUAGUGUGCACUUUGAUCUUCACACACUAUAGUCCUGUGAUUGUGUAUAAUAUUGGCUCUGAAGUUUCUGUAUUUUGUUUUGAAUUGAUAUCGACAGGUUAAAACCCCUUGAGACGCAUCAUCUCCUCUUCAGGAGGGUUCUGUAGAAACAUAAAACAACAGAAAUCAUCCAAAAUCACAAAUACUGUACAACAGCAAUAACAUUCCGGUAAUAAAUUAUAAUGACAACAAGAGUCGACCAAAACCAAACCAAAUCCUCUCUCUCUCUCUCUCUCUCUCUCUCUCUCUCUCUCUCUCUCUCUCUCUCUCUCUCUCUCUCUCUCUCUCUCUCUCUCUCUCUCUCUCUCUCUCUCUCUCUCUCAGAACUACGGUCUGGAGACAGAGAAUCUGAAGACUCUAUCCCACAAGCUGAAUGCCUCAGCAAAGAACCUGCAGAACUUCAUCACAGGGAGGCGUCGCAGUGGUCACUAUGAUGGCCGCGCCACCCACAAGCUGCCCAAUGACUUCCUCACCUCUGUGGUGGACCUCAUCGCUGCAGCCAAGAGCCUGCUGGCCUGGCUGGAUAGGUGAGAUUUGCAAAGAGCUACAGUACACAUACACACACACACGUAAUCACAUACAGAACUUUUCACUUCAAAGUAAAACAAGUAAAUUAUUCUAAUGAAUGUGGUUGGAGGCAAGUGAUUCUCUUUACUGUGUAAUUUAUCUCACCUGUGGUAAGUUUCAGGUGCCUACAGAGUAAAAUAGCCAUUCAACCAGUUUUGAAAAGAGAAAACAGAACAUUCUGCUCCAUUGCACUUCACUGUAAAGUGCAAUAAUAUAUUUGACCGCAUCUGUACACACUGUACAUACUCAGAGACACACUAUCAUACACAGACUACUCUCAUAGGUUGUUUUUCAAUCACACAGUUCCCAAUGUAAUGCACUACUUUUGUCCAGGCCUAUAGGGUGUCAUAUAAACAUUUACCCAUAAUUAAUUCAGAGGUCAAGGGUCAGAGAUGGUUCACUGGGUAGCAGACAGACAGGGUCUGUUUUCGACCACUCAAAAGUUGAUGUCCUUACAUAAUCUCCAUGAGCAAUCAGCUGACAAACAAAUGAUGAGUAAAGCCUUUAUGUAAGGGUUGUUUUUGAGAGGUUGGCCAUGAGAGCACUGUUAAGAGCUGCUGUUAAUCCUCCUCAGGUCCUCUGUGAGUUGCUGCCAGACAGUGUGUGUCUGUGUGUCUGUGUGUGUGUGUUCGUGUUUGUGUGUGUGUGUGGACCGGCGUGUGGGUGGAUGUAUUAAGAGUACCAUAUGCAGUAAACAAACCUGAAUAAAGGCUGAAUUAUUAGUUUGAUUCCCUAGACUUGCACUCUAAUUUAAGAACUGAACAAUACCAGCUUCAUAGAUAACUGUCAUUGUCAUACAGUGGGGAAAAAAAGUAUUUAGUCAGCCACCAAUUGUGCAAGUUCUCCCACUUAAAAAGAUGAGAGAGGCCUGUAAUUUUCAUCAUAGGUACACGUCAACUAUGACAGACAAAUUGAGAAGAAAAAAAUCCAGAAAAUCACAUUGUAGGAUUUUUAAUGAAUUUAUUUGCAAAUUAUGGUGGAAAAUAAGUAUUUGGUCACCUGUAACUUCUUCUUUAAGAGGCUCCUCUGUCCUCCACUCGUUACCUGUAUUAAUGGCACCUGUUUGAACUUGUUAUCAGUAUAAAAUAUACCUGUCCACAGCCUCAAACAGUCACACUCCAAACUCCACUAUGGCCAAGACCAAAGAGCUGUCAAAGGACACCAGAAACAAAAUUGUAGACCUGCACCAGGCUGGGAAGACUGAAUCUGCAACAGGUAAGCAGCUUGGUUUGAAGAAAUCAACUGUGGGAGCAAUUAUUAGGAAAUGGAAGACAUACAAGACCACUGAUAAUCUCCCUCGAUCUGGGGCUCCACGCAAGAUCUCACCCCGUGGGGUCAAAAUGAUCACAAGAACGGUGAGCAAAAAUCCCAGAACCACACAGGGGGACCUAGUGAAUGACCUGCAGAGAGCUGGGACCAAAGUAACAAAGCCUACCAUCAGUAACACACUACGCCGCCAGGGACUCAAAUCCUGCAGUGCCAGACGUGUCCCCCUGCUUAAGCCAGUACAUGUCCAGGCCCGUCUGAAGUUUGCUAGAGUGCAUUUGGAUGAUCCAGAAGAGGAUUGGGAGAAUGUCAUAUGGUCAGAUUAAACCAAAAUAGAACUUUUUGGUAAAAACUCAACUCGUCGUGUUUGGAGGACAAAGAAUGCUGAGUUGCAUCCAAAGAACACCAUACCUACUGUGAAGCAUGGGGGUGGAAACAUCAUGCUUUGGGGCUGUUUUUCUGCAAAGGGACCAGGACGACUGAUCCGUGUAAAGGAAAGAAUGAAUGGGGCCAUGUAUCGUGAGAUUUUGAGUGAAAACCUCCUUCCAUCAGCAAGGGCAUUGAAGAUGAAACGUGGCUGGGUCUUUCAGCAAGACAAUGAUCCCAAACACACCGCCCGGGCAACGAAGGAGUGGCUUCAUAAGAAGCAUUUCAAGGUCCUGGAGUGGCCUAGCCAGUCUCCAGAUCUCAACCCCAUAGAAAAUCUUUGGAGGGAGUUGAAAGUCUGUGUUGCCCAGCGACAGCCCCAAAACAUCACUGCUCUAGAGGAGAUCUGCAUGGAGGAAUGGGCCAAAAUACCAGCAACAGUGUGUGAAAACCUUGUGAAGACUUACAGAAAACGUUUGACCUGUGUCAUUGCCAACAAAGGGUAUAUAACAAAGUAUUGAGAAACUUUUGUUAUUGACCAAAUACUUAUUUUCCACCAUAAUUUGCAAAUAAAUUCAUAAAAAAUCCUACAAUGUGAUUUUCUGGAUUUUUUUUCAUUUCAAUCUCAUUUUGUCUGUCAUAGUUGACGUGUACCUAUGAUGAAAAUUACAGGCCUCUCUCAUCUUUUUAAGUGGGAGAACUUGCACAAUUGGUGGCUGACUAAAUACUUUUUUCCCCCACUGUAUAUAAUAUGACACCAGAUACAAACAUCAUACUCACCCACAUGUAUUGUCCAGUCAAAGGGAUUAGAAUGAAGAAUGAUCUAAUGGUUAAUUCCAGGUGCUACUUCUUUUUCAGGUCUCCGUUCGCAGCAGUGGCAGACUACUCCAUUACAAGAAACAAUGUGAUUCAGUUGUGUCUAGAGCUCACCACGAUUGUACAGCAGGUAAGCAAGCCAUCAAACACAGUCACAUAUACAGCUGUACCACUAGCUAGCGUUAACCACUGUUUGUUUUUCCCAAAACUGGAUUAUUAACGAAAAUGUCUCAAAGGCCUUUUUAAAUUUAGUUAGUUUACACAGGACCUGUGUUCUCUGCUCUGGUAUUGGAAAUAACUGUAUGUGUCAUCAUGCUCACUGAGCAAAGACAGCCUCAGGCUACUCAAAUGUAGCCUUUCCCUUUGUAAAGAGCAUGACAGCCUGCCUGCCUACCAUACAGUAUGUGUGCACGCUGGGAGGAUGUGGAUGUGUUUCUCUGUGUUGCUCUAAUUCCUACUGCGGGAGCAGAACUGAACUGUUCCAAUAGAUAUAAAUAGGGGAAGGCUGUGACUGUGUAGAGGCAUCCGUCUUCACUAGAGCAGGACAACGUACUGUAGGGGGAGGGCUGCAGGGAGGGAGGGUUAGUUCAGCCCUGGUCCUGGAGGGAUUGGCACGGGGACAGGCUCUACCGCCACGAUUGCGUGUUCAGACAGCCAGGCACAUACGAGAGGGCCUGGUCCAAGGCUGCAGAGGUGUUCCAAAAGAGCAGCAGGUAGCGCAGCAGAGGUUUCAUCCGUGUGUGGCUGUCUGUAGAGUCUAUCUGAUGGCAAGGAGAUAUCGUCUGUAGAGAGAGAGAAGGAGCGGAGAGAGGGACGCAUGCCCCCGACAAGGCAGAGUGACGCAUGGCGGACUGUUUGUGUGUGUUUGUGUGUGUGUCUGUGUGGGAGGGGGGGCAUCAGUGCUGAACCUCUCUGUUCUUUACAUAUAGCCACCUUGUUAUAACUGGAAUAAUGAUCACUUCUCUGACACAUUGUCCUGUGGUAACCUCUGCCUCUCCAUCUCCCUCUGUUUGGCAGGACUGUUCUGUGUAUGAGACAGAAAAUAAGAUUCUGCAUGUGGUGAGUGGGCCCACUUAUUUCCAUUCCCUUCAAUGCAUCCAAACAGAAUUAGAGUCCCCAUAACUCAGUCUGGCGACUCAUCCCUAAAAUCACUGUUUUCGCUCUCUCCCUACUCUCCAUCCUUCCCUUCUACAGUGCAAGACUCUAUCUGGAGUGUGUGAUCACAUCAUCUCUCUGUCCUCUGACCCGAUGGUGUCCCAGUCAGCCCAUUUGGAGGUGGUUCAGCUGGCCAAUAUCAAGUCCACUGAGGGACUGGUAAGACUCCCCAGAUACUCAGAUGUACAGACUAGAAGGUCUUGUGCCUUUUACUUACCUUCGCUCUUUCUCUCUCUAACACAACAACAACAACAACAAAACAUGCACUCCUUCUGGGUAAUAGAUCACUCUUCUGGGUGAUAGAUUUCAGAAAGUAACUACUAUGUGUUUACUUAGUAGCUUUCUCCUGUACAGUAUGUGGACAUAAGCCGUUAUCUAAAACCUGCAUGUUUGCUCUAACUUGCACUUAGAUAUGACUGUCCUACUUGGGGCUGUAAACUUCCACCCCCACACAUACACAAAUGCACAGAGCACACAGAGGGUCACAGAGCACACAGAGGGCAACAGAGCUUUUCACAUACAGAACGGUCAAUAGAACCUGAACAGAGGAGUGGGCAGAGUGGGACAAAAAUAAACCUCUUACUCUCUUCUCACUCUGAGAUGCACUGAAUGUGUGUGUGUGUGUGUGCACACGCAUGCGUUUCUGUGUGUCCAUUUGUUAUGCACUUACAGCCCCUCUGAGGGAAGGCUUGAACAUUUAAGUAUGUUUGUCUGUUUGCCUCUCUACGAGUGACAGUGUCCGAUUGAAUAUGUACAAUAUGGAUGUGUUUUAUGUCACUUUGUACUGUAUGCAUUUAUGUGUUUGUUGUUGUAAUGUACUGUAUAUGGAUGUGCAAACUAUUCUCAGGCUAUGGCUCUAAGCUACCUCUCUCUGUCUCUCUAUAGGGGAUGUAUAUCAAAUCGACAUAUGAUGGCUUGCAUGUCAUCACUGGAACUACAGAGGGAGUGAGUAUUGAUCUUUAACAUGCUCAGUCAGAGCUAUGAAGGACUUUGGCACGUAGAUCACUCUCCUAUGAUAGAGAGGGAGAAGUGUCACUCAAGGCUGUGUCACAGUGAAUCUCCUUAAUGACAGUGAACAGCAUCAGGCCCAUCAGUGUUUUUAUAGCUGUGUUAUGUGUCUCUUCCUCUCCAUCAGUCUCUGGCUGACCGCUGUAAGAAAAUUCAUGCAGGCGAUGAAGUCAUCCAGGUCAAUCAUCAGACAGUGGUGCGUCUCUCUCUCUUUUCAUACCUUUUUUUAACCUUUAUUUAACCGGGAAGAAACCCAUUGAGUCACAGGGUAUUUUUUUGCAAGGGCGACCUGGCCAAGAAAGCAGUAGUGGUCAAUACAACAUUUAGGGUGUUCACCCAUGAAAGGAUUCAUUCAUUCAAGGUUUAUACAAAUAUGUCCAUUCAAUAGAGAAUUCCGUCAGAAAAACAAUAGUCCAAACCCCAUGUAUUUACCAUAUAUGGUUCAAACGUUACAGACGAUUUACUCUGAGAAUUUAGCAUGUUUAGAGUGAAUGGAAUGUCAUCACAGGUAUGAUAAAAAAGUGGUCACUGCUCAAUAGAAGUCUGUGGCGCUUCUCCGCGGCAGAACGGCGCUAACUUCGAAUGUCAACUGACAAGCUAACUAGUGUCUGCAGGUUAGUGAGUGAAAACAUGGGCUUUUUCUAAAUGAAAUCUGCUGACUACAAAACUAAAUAGGGACUAAAUAUAUAUUUAUUUACAAAGCAAAGAGAUUGAAUUUCAAUAUCCACACUCCGCGUUCCUGUUUUCAUUGUGUAUUUCUGAGUCUUUCCCUUUAAAUCUCCAUAGAAACGCCCCCUCUCAACGUAGAUUGAUUGCCAUUAUAGGCAUUGAAAGCCAAGGAUCUGGAGGUGAAAAUGACGAAGUUAUCAAGUUGAUUUUGAUUGAUCCAACCAGCGGAAACACCUCCAAAUGGUACCACCUCACAACGCCAAAUAUGGAAGAGAUAUAACCAAGAGCGUCGCAGUCUAAACUAGCAACGGUCACAGCAAAUUAACAUUCUUAUUUCAUCAACACUGUCAAGUACAAGUAUAUAAAGGUUAUAAUAUUGUAGAGAACAAUCUAAUGGUUCAUUCUAUGUAAUUUAUAGUGACAUAGGGUAAAGAAAACUACAUUUUGACAGAAUUUUGUAGCACCCUCUUGAAUUGCUACGUUUUUCUCUACAUUGUACAGUAGUGAGUGAACGCCCUACACCAUUACACAAUUUACAAUACAAACAGCACAACAACACGUCAUUAAGAGCUCAUCCAGCCUACAGAAAACAUUUUUAAAAUGCUAACCUUCUCUGGCUGAGAGCGAGCUCUGGUGAAGGUAAUGAAUUUUGUUAAAAAAAUAUAUAUAUCUCCCUGUCCAUCCCCUUUAUCUUACGUUUACAUACUGGUAUAGGACUACCCUAUGACUACUACUAUGCUCGUGCGAAAUUUUGCCCUAUGUGUUUUUCAUUGUAUGUGUGUGUGUGUUUGUUGGCUUUUGGCGCUAGGUGGGCUGGCAGUUGAAGAACCUGGUGAAUUCUUUGCGUGGGGACCCCGGGGGUGUUACACUGACUCUGAAGAAGCGCCCACAGAGCACACUCACAUCCACCCCAGCACUACUGAAGAACAUGAGAUGGAAACCCUUAGCCCUGCAAGUAUGACAACACUUUCACUUUCAACCUCCACACAACUGAUGAACGGGUGUACGUUUGGCUGAAUGUGAAAUCACACACGAUUCCCUUUAUAGUGGUUCCUUUAUUUAUGUAUUUCUUUUUUAGGGGGUAGAUCAGCUUUAAUAUUGCAGAUAGAUUGUGGCUUCUAUCAAUGUAAUUGUCUGCAUAAUUUCCAAUCCCCCAUAUAUUUUUGGGUAAAAUAUUAAAUAAAUAUUUGUACAGUGCAUUCGGAAAGUAUUCAGACCCCUUUACUCAUAUUUACAUAAGUAUUCAGACCCUUUACUCAGUACUUUGUUGAAACACCUUUGUCCGGGCUCUGGCUGGUCCACUCAAGGACAUUCAGAGACUUGUCCCGAAGCCACUCCUGCGUUGUCUUGGCUGUGUGAUUAGGGUCGUUGUCCUGUUGGAAGGUGAACCUUCGUCCCAGUCUGAGGUCCUGAGCACUCGGGAGCAGGUUUUCAUCAAAGAUCUCUCUGUACUUUGCUCCGUUCAUCUUUCCCUCGAUCCUGACUAGUCUCCCAGUCCCUGCCGCUGAAAAACAUCCCAACAGCAUGAUGCUGCCCCCACCAUGCUUCACCGUAGGGAUGGUGCCAGGUUUCCUCCAGACGUGACGCUUGGCAUUUAGGCAAAAGAGUUCAAUCUUGGUUUCAUCAGACCAGAGAAUCUUGUUUCUCAUGGUCUGAGUCGUUUAGGUGCCUUUUGGCAAACUCCAAGUGGGCUGUCAUGUGCCUUUUACUGAGGAUUGGCUUCCGUCUGGCCACUCUACCAUUACAGGCCUGAUUGGUGGAGUGCUGCAGAGAUGGUUGUCCUUUUGGAAGGUGCUCCCAUCUCCACAGAGGAACUCUGGAGCUUUGUCAGAGUGACCAUUGGGUUCUUGGUCACCUCCAUGACCAAUACUUUUCUCCCCCGAUUGCUCAGUUUGGCCGGGCUGCCUGCUCUAGGAAGAGUUUUGGUGGUUUAAACUUCUUCUAUUUAAGAAUGAUAUAGGCGACUGUGUUUUUGUGAACCUUCAAUGCUGCAGACAUUUUUUGGUACCCUUCUCCAGAUCUGUGCCUCGACACAAACCUGUCUCUGAGCUCUAAGGACAAUUCCUUCGACCUUAUGGCUUGGUUUUUGCUUUGGCAUGCACUGUCAACUGUGGGACCUUAUAUAGACAGGUGUGUGCCUUUCCAAAUCAUGUCCAAUCAAUUGAAUUUACCACAGGUGGACUCCAAUCAAGUUUUAGAAACAUCUCAAGGAUGAUCAAUGGAAACCAAGAUGCACCUGAGCUCAAUUUCGAGUGUCAUAGCAAAGGGUCUGAAUACUUACCCUACCAGUCAAAAGUUUUAGAACACCUACUCAUUCAAGGGUUUUUCUUUAUUUUUCCUAUUUUCUACAUUGUAGAAUAAUAGUGAACACAUCAAAACUGUGAAAUAACACAUAUGGAAUCAUGUAGUAACCAAAAAAGUGUUAAACAAAUCAAGACUUCAAGACUGUUGGAAAAGCAUUCCAGGGGAAGCUGGUUGAGAGAAUGCCAUGAGUGUGCAAAGCUGUCAUCAAGCAAAGAGUGUCUAUUUGAAGAAUCUCAAAUAUAAAAUAUAUUUUGAUUUUUUUAACACUUUUUUGGUUACUACAUGAUUCCAUAUGUGUUAUAUCAUAGUUGUGAUGUCUUCACUAUUAUUCUACAAUGUAGAAAAUAAAGAAAAACCCUUGAAUGAGUAGGUGUUCUAAAACUUUUGACUGGUAGUGUAUGUAAAUAAGGUAUUUCUGCUUUAAAAAAUGUAUACAUUUGCAAACAUUUCUAAAAACCUAUUUUCACUUUGUCAUUAUAGGAUAUUGUGUGUAGAUUUCUAAGGAUUUUGUAUUUAUUUAAUCAAUUUUAGAUUAAGGCUAAAACGUAACAAAAUGUGGAAAAAGUCAGGGGGUCUGAAUACUUUCCGAAGGCGCUGUAAAUAGGCCCAUUUAAUUUUGUCUGGCUUGCCGUUCAAAAUAAAAUUGAAUAUUUUUUGCUCAUAUCAUUUAAAAAACGAGUCGUUAGGUGUAGGCAGGGCCAUAAGCAAAUAGGUAAACUGGGAUAUAACUCAGGGUGAUUUUUCUACAAAUAGACAGGUAUUUUCCUUUCCAUGGUAGCAAUAUCUUAUCUAUUUUUGCUAACUUUCUAUUAAAAUGUAUUGUAGUGAGAUCAUUUCUUUCUUUCGGGAUAUGUAUACCGAGUAUGUACACAUCCCCAUCAGACCAUUUUAUUGGCAUUAAAGUUAAAAACAAUUGUGAUCCAAUAUGUAUCAUAAUUUUGUUGUAAUCCAGAGAGGUUAGAAAAAUUAUCUAGAUCCUAUAUGAGGCUGUGGAGGGACCCAAAUUGUGGAUUUAAAAGAAAACAUGAAUCAUCAGCGUACAACGACACCUUUGUUUUUAAGCCCUGGAUUUCUAGCCCCUUGAUAUUAUUGUUGGAUCUGAUUUUAAUAGCUAACAUUUUGAUGGCCAUAAUAAAUCGAUAUGCCGAUAGUGGACAACCUUGUUUUACCCCUCUUGACAGUUUAAUACUUUCUGAGAAGAAGCCAAUAUUUACUAUUUUAUAUCUAGGGUUACUAUACAUAACUUUAACCCAUUGUAUAAGAGAUUCUCCAAAAUUGAAAUAUUCCAGGCAUUUAUAUAUAAAUUCCAGUCGUACUUUAUGAAAAGCUUUUUCAAAGUCAACUAUGAAUACCAGGCCUGGUUUCUCAGAUUUUUCAUUGUGUUCUAUUGUUUCCAGUACUUGUCUUACAGUGCAUUCGGAAAGUAUUCAGACCCCUUCCCUUUUUCCACAUUCUGUUACAUUACAGCCUCAUUCUAAAAUGUAUUAAAUUGUUUUUCCUCAUCAAUCUACACACAAUACCCCAUAAUGACAAUGCGAAAACAGGUUUAUAGAUUUUUUUGCAAAUUUAUAAAAAAUGUAAUACAGAAAUACCUUAUUUACAUAAGUAGUCAGACCCUUUGCUAUUAGACUCACACCUGUCUAUAUAAGGUCCAACAGAUACCAGUGUAUGUCAGAGCAAAAACCAAGCCACAGGAUUGUGUCGAAGCACAGAUCUGGGGAAGGGUACCAAAACAUUUCUGCAGCAUUGAAAGUCCCCAAGAACACAGUGGCCUCCAUCAUUCUUAAAUGGAAGAAGCACUGUAUAUUAUCUCCAAUGUAUCGUCCAUGUAAAAAACCUGUCUGAUUAGGAUGAAUAAUAUCCGACAGUGCCUUUUUAAUUCUAUGCGCUAUGCAUUUUGCUAGAAUUUUUUUGAAUCACAACACUGAAGUGUAAGGGGCCUCCAAUUUUUCUUAUGGACUGGAGAUUUAUAUUUACCACCUGGGUCCUGUUUCAGUAAUAGUGAAAUCAGACCUUCUUGUUGAGUAUCUGAUAAUCUACCAUUUUUAUAGGAGUGGUUAAAACCUGCUAAUAACGGUCCUCUGAGUACAUCAAAAAAGGUUUGAUAUACCUUAACUGAUAUGCCAUCCAGCCCUGGAGUUUUCCCGGACUUAAAGGCUUUAAUUGCAUCAAGAAGUUCCUCCUUUGUAGUGGUUCCUUUAUAGUAUACAGUGGGGGAAAAAAGUAUUUAGUCAGCCACCAAUUGUGCAAGUUCUCCCACUUAAAAAGAUGAGAGAGGCCUGUAACUUUCAUCAUAGGUACACGUCAACUAUGACAGACAAAAUGAGAUUUUUUUUCUCCAGAAAAUCACAUUGUAGGAUUUUUAAUGAAUUUAUUUGCAAAUUAUGGUGGAAAAUAAGUAUUUGGUCAAUAACAAAAGUUUCUCAAUACUUUGUUAUAUACCCUUUGUUGGCAAUGACACAGGUCAAACGUUUUCUGUAAGUCUUCACAAGGUUUUCACACACUGUUGCUGGUAUUUUGGCCCAUUCCUCCAUGCAGAUCUCCUCUAGAGCAGUGAUGUUUUGGGGUUGUCGCUGGGCAACACAGACUUUCAACUCCCUCCAAAGAUUUUCUAUGGGGUUGAGAUCUGGAGACUGGCUAGGCCACUCCAGGACUUUGAAAUGCUUCUUACGAACCACUCCUUCGUUGCCUGGGUGGUGUGUUUGGGAUCAUUGUCAUGCUGAAGACCCAGCCACGUUUCAUCUUUCAAUGCCCUUGCUGAUGGAGGUUUUCACUCAAAAUCUCACGAUACAUGGCCCCAUUCAUUCUUUCCUUUACACGGAUCAGUCGUCCUGGUCCCUUUGCAGAAAAACAGCCCCAAAGCAUGAUGUUUCCACCCCCAUGCUUCACAGUAGGUAUGGUGUUCUUUGGAUGCAACUCAGCAUUCUUUGUCCUCCAAACACGACGAGUUGAGUUUUUACCAAAAAGUUAUAUUUUGGUUUCAUCUGACCAUAUGACAUUCUCCCAAUCCUCUUCUGGAUCAUCCAAAUGCACUCUAGCAAACUUCAGACGAGCCUGGACAUGUACUGGCUUAAGCAGGGGGACACGUCUGGCACUGCAGGAUUUGAGUCCCUGGCGGCGUAGUGUGUUACUGAUGGUAGGCUUUGUUACUUUGGUCCCAGCUCUCUGCAGGUCAUUCACUAGGUCCCCCCGUGUGUUUCUGGGAUUUUUGCUCACCGUUCUUGUGAUCAUUCUGACCCCACGGGGUGAGAUCUUGCGUGGAGCCCCAGAUCGAGGGAGAUUAUCAGUGGUCUUGUAUGUCUUCCAUUUCCUAAUAAUUGCUCCCACAGUUGAUUUCUUCAAACCAAGCUGCUUACCUAUUGCAGAUUCAGUCUUCCCAGCCUGGUGCAGGUCUACAAUUUUGUUUCUGGUGUCCUUUGACAGCUCUUUGGUCUUGGCCAUAGUGGAGUUUGGAGUGUGACUGUUUGAGGUUGUGGACAGGUGUCUUUUAUACUGAUAACAAGUUCAAACAGGUGCCAUUAAUACAGGUAACGAGUGGAGGACAGAGGAGCCUCUUAAAGAAGAAGUUACAGGUCUGUGAGAGCCAGAAAUCUUGCUUGUUUGUAGGUGACCAAAUACUUAUUUUCCACCAUAAUUUGCAAAUAAAUUCAUAAAAAAUCCUACAAUGUGAUUUUCUGGAUUUUUUUCUUCUCAAUUUGUCUGUCAUAGUUGACGUGUACCUAUGAUGAAAAUUACAGGCCUCUCUCAUCUUUUUAAGUGGGAGAACUUGCACAAUUGGUAGCUGACUAAAUACUAUUUUCCCCCACUGUAUGUAUGUAUGUGUGUUAGGAGAGUGUACAGUAUGUUAAGCAUAUAUAUUUAUUUCAUAAACUGGAUAUCGUAAAACUGGUAUGUCAGAACAAAAUGUAAGGAGAUACCAUUUCAACUUCAGUGUUGUGCCUCAGAGAUUUCUGAACGUAUAAACACUCCAAAACUGGGUGAACAUAGAUAGUUAAUGGCUGCAGGGCAGAAUCUCUCUCUUAUAAUAAAAAGAAACUGGUGCACAGAGACAGACAGACAGGCAAGGACUGGCAAUAAUAAACCAGUACUGUAAAUUGUGAAGCAUUGAUCAGAAACACGUGUCUAUUUUUGUAUGCAUGCUAUCUAUCCAAAUGUUUGUAAAUGGUUUUGUAUUCCGAUGUGUGUGUGAGAUCUGGAGACUGCUGGUGUGAACCCAUCAUCCACAUUGUGUUUCUAAGAAAUAUUUAACAUUUUAAGUAAAAGCAACAGAAGAAAGUGCACAAUUGGUGGCUGACUUAAUACUUUUUUUCCCCACUGUAUAUGGAAUAGGGUGGCAUUUCAGACACAGCCUGAGGACUCUAUUUUCAGCUGGCACUAAUGCGGUUCAAGUGUCAAACACAUGUUAGUUGAGAAUUUCGGUAUGUAAAAACUGGCGCUUUGGUAUUUUAAACCCUUGUGCCAGGUUCGUCAAUUUACCUGUCUAACAUCAGCUCACUUGCGCUGAGCUGGGAGGGGUGACAAUAUUUGAGGCGUGUAAAUAUUUGAGGCAAUUACAACAAUGUUGACUGCCAACACUCCAAACAUAUUGAGCACUGGAACACUGGAUGUUUUUUUUACUCUUGCUAUUACAGUGGCUUGCGAAAGUAUUCACCCCCAUUGGCAUUUUUCCUAUUUUGUUGCCUUACAACCUGGAAUUAAAAUUAAUUUUGGGGGGAUUUGUAUCAUUUGAUUUACACAACAUGCCUAUCACUUUGAAGAUGCAAAAUAUUUUUGUUAUUAUGAAACAAACAAGAAAUAAGACAAAAAAACAGAACUUGAGUGGGCAUAACUAUUCACCCCCCCAAAGUCAAUACUUUGUAGAGCCACCUUUUGCAGCAACUACAGCUGCAAGUCUCUUGGGGUACGUCUCUAUAAGCUUGGCACAUCUAGCCACUGGGAUUUUUGCCCAUUCUUCAAAACAAAACUGCUCCAGCUCCUUCAAGUUGGAUGGGUUCCGCUGGUGUACAGCAAUCUUUAAGUCAUACCACAGAUUCUCAAUUGGAUUGAGGUCUGGGCUUUGAUUAGGCCAUUCCAAGACAUUUAAAUGUUUCCCCUUAAACCACUCAAGUGUUGCUAUAGCAGUAUGCUUAGGGUCAUUGUCCUGCUGGAAGGUGAACCUCUGUCCCAGUCUCAAAUCUCUGGAAGACUGAAACAGGUUUCCCUCAAGAAUUUCCCUGUAUUUAGCGCCAUCCAUCAUUCCUUCAAUUCUGACCAGUUUCCCAGUCCCUGACGAUGGAAAUACAUCCCCACAGCAUGAUGCUGCCACCACCAAGCUUCACUGUGGGGAUGGUGUUCUUGGGGUGAUGAGAGGUGUUGGGUUUGCGUCAGACAUAGCGUUUUCCUUGAUGGCCAAAAAGCUCAAUUUUAGUCUCAUCUGACCAGAGUACCUUCUUCCAUAUGUUUGGGGAGUCUCCCACAUGCCUUUUGGCGAACACCAAAGGUGUUUGCUUAUUUUUUUCUUUAAGCAAUGGCUUUUUUCUGGCCACUCUUCCGUAACGCCCAGCUCUGUGGAGUGUACGGCUUAAAGUGGUCCUAUGGAGAGAUACUCCAAUCUCCACUGUGGAGCUUUGCAGCUCCUUCAGGGUUAUCUUUGGUCUCUUUGUUGCCUCUCUGAUUAAUGCCCUCCUUGCCUGGUCCGUGUGUUUUGGUGGGCGGCCCUCUGUUGGCAGGUUUGUUGUGGUGCCAUAUUCUUUCCAUUUUUUAAUAAUGGAUUUAAUGGUGCUCCGUGGGAUGUUCAAAGUUUCAGAUAUUUUUUUAUAACCCAACCCUCAUCUGUACUUCUCCACAACUUUGUCCCUGACCUGUUUGGAGAGCUCCUUGGUCUUCAUGGUGCCGCUUGCUUGGUGGUGCCCCUUGUUUAGUGGUGUUGCAGACUCUGGGGCCUUUCAGAACAGGUGUAUAUAUACUGAGAUCAUGUGACAGAUAAUGUGACACUUAGAUUGCACACAGGUUAACUUUAUUUAACUAAUUAUGUGACUUCUGAAGGUAAUUGGUUGCACCAGAUCUUAUUUAGGGGCUUCAUAGCAAAGGGGGUGAAUACAUAUGCACGCACCACUUUGCCGUUAUUUAUUUUUUAGAAUUUUUUUAAAUAAGUUAUUUUUUUCAUUUCACUUCACCAAUUUGGACUAUUUUGUGUAUGUCCAUUACAUGAAAUCCAAAUAAAAACCAUUUAAAUUACAGGUUGUAAUGCAACAAAAUAGGAAAAACGGCAAGGGGGAUGAAUACUUUUGCAAGGCACUGUACUCAAUACUUUAGCUUAUGCUAUUUAAUAAACCGUAGUUGGUAUCAUUCGACAAUGGACUGGGAUGAGAAUAUUCCAUGCCCCAAGCAACUCAAAGACUGUCAAUAACCUACACAACUUGAGACAACCUCAUGCAGUAUUAUUAAGCCAUGGAACACAUUGAUUGACCAGUGAGUGGCCAAGCCCUCGUCACACCUACAACUUGUUUAUUCAUCAAAACCCAGCCCUUUCAAGCCACCGCCAGCUAUUGAGUUCAUAAUUCCCGCCGUGAAAAUAGCAAAAAUAUUUCUGACACACCCAGGACCUAUAGCGCUACCACCAGCGAUAAGAUUUACAAUUGCGUUAGGUUUGUUAAAAUAGAGCCAUGUGUGUUAGUGAGAUGUGAUUUAUGUACUGUAUACCACUAUCUUAUCAGUGGGUUAAUGACUGAGAGGGUAUGUGAACUUUUGUAUGUGCACAGUAUGUGACUGAUUGUGCAUGGUGAGUAUGCAAGCAGGAGAGUGCAUUAAAUGUUUGUGGGUUUUGUUAAAGCAGGGACUUUUUGUGAAUGUGUCUGUCUGUGUGUGUCUGUCUGUCAUAUUUUGCCCCAAACAAUUAUUUAAUAUGGGUGUUGUAUGUGACUAUAUCCCUGCCCCCCUCUGAGUCCCACACUGGUCUAAGUGCUGUUUCCCUCCCUCCCCCUGGGGCCUUGACCAACUGGAGUGCAUCAGAGCUCUGCCGCCUCCUGAUCCCCCCGCUCCUCUCCUCCCUCUUCUCCUUUACCUCUAUUCUGCAAUCUCUCUUCUCCUCUCCCUACCAUCCUCCUCCUCGUUUCAUCAUAUAUCCAGAUUCAGUUAUUGACUUAUGCUUUGAAUUUAUAAUUCAUCAAAUGCAAAGGUUCAAAUCAAUUUUCCAUUCCCUAAACCUGCCUCUAGCCAUUCUCCAAUCGAGAAACAAGACUAGCAUUUCCCACAUAUUGAAGCUUUAAUGGUUUGAUUGAUCAUCGUCUAUUAUGAAACUACACAUCUCUCUCCCCCCUCUUUCUCUCUCUCUCCUCACAGCCCAUCAUCCCUCAGAGCCCCAGCAGCAGUGUGGCCACACCCACCAGUACCCUGAGCACCCCGUCCAGGAGGGACAGCUGUGCCCUGCAGGACCUCUUCAUCCCCCCGCCCCCUGAGGAACCAUACACCCCCAGGUACACACACAAGCUGCCUCACUGUGACAUCUGUAUGCCUUUCCUUAGGGAUUACACAGUGUAGUCAUACUGUAUGUUGUACUUUGAGUAAGUUUUAUGUUAUUAUCUGCAGUGAAAUAUUAUAGUGGUUUACCUGUGUAAUUACUUCACUGUGUGAAUUUAAUCAGUUUGUUCCCUUUUGCGGGGUGAUUUAUGUGCCUUGUAGUAUGUGACUUUGUUGAAGUUUACCCAUGCAGUCGAUGCUCCAUAGGCGAACAGACUCUCUCCCUGAUCUGUGCUGCAGAGACGACAAGGGAAAUCUAUCAGGUGACGACGACUUCCAAGCUGACAUCCCGGUGGCCAAGGGCUCUGAGUCCCCCAACUCCUUCCUGGACCAGGAGUGUCGCCGACGUUUCCCUCUGGUGGAGGAGGAUGCCGUUCUGUACUGCUACGAGUAUGACCAGAACCACGGACUUCCACCUGUCCGCAGGGACAGCACCCCCACUUAUGGUAUGACCCAGUCCAAGCCUGCAUAUUUGUAUGAGGGAUGUCAGUCCCCCAUAUACUGUAUGGUCCGACCCAGUCCAAGCCUGUUUGUAUGUGGGAUGUCUAUCCCCCACAAAUGUUAUGACCCAGUCCAAGGCUGGUUUGUAUGAGGGAUGCCUGUGGUGCACUUCCUACAGAUUUGAUCACUCUUUUGUUACUGAGAAUGUUCCUGCAAAGCAGGAAAUGCAAACUUGUAGUGUAUUUCGGUUUAAAAAAUGCUUCAAAAGUUUGAAAUUUCAGAGUUGAUUUGCCCUAACAAAAAAUGCAUCAACCCCUACAAAAAUGUCCAUAAAUUAUAAUAGACAUAAUAAUUCACAUUUCCUGUUGCUACAGGAUUAUUUUUCUGCUGUAGCAAACUGGCUCAAAUUAAGAUCCUACAUCUGUAUGCAAUGCCUGCUGUGUUUGUGAUGUUAGUGUUUGUGUCACUGUGGUGUUAAUAUAGGCUGUUUGUAGCUCUUAGAUUUUUCUGGAUAGGUCUGUAAUGUUGUGUGUUAUCUGUGCUGUGUGCUCCAGGCAGGCUUAGGCCCAUCUCCAUGCCAGUGGAAUAUAACUGGGUGGAAGACUAUGAAGACCCGGCCAAGCUGAAGAGAGAGAGCAGGAGAGGUGAGUGGGAGGCCGGGAUGGAGAGAAAGGGUGAGAUAAAAAGAGAGGGGAGACAGAAAGAGAGAGAUAUAGCAGCAGAGAUGAGUGGGUGGAUAUCUCUCAUAAUUGGGUUUUCUGCCUCCCCAUCUCAGAUGUCUUAGCCAAGGGACUGGGAAGCUGAGCAGCCAUGCCAGGCAGGGCUCAGUGCAUGAUAGAUAUGAUGCUGAAUUAGCUAUCCUCCUCUUUAUCUGUCCCUCUUUAUCUGACCCUUCUUUCUGUGUAUCUUUGUUAGUCCCUCCUGCUCUCUCUCUCUCUUUCAAUCUCACCCCUUUCUCUCUCUGCCUCUCUCUGCCUCUCUCUGCCUCUCUCUCUUUGCUUUUGGGUCUUGAAGGUAUGUCGUUGCCUUGGCAACUGUAACCAGGAUCUUCCCAAGAUUUGCUUGGUUUGAUUGGUUGCUGCCAGGCCUAGUGGCAAACAGAGUAGGAAGAGAGCGAAUGGCCUUGGUUCAGUCUGAGAGGCAGCCACUGUGAUGUUGUGUUUUUUAUUCCCAAGGGGGUGGUGGCAGUCAGUCUAUUGUUCCUGUGGGCUUUUCAGCAUCAGUGAGGGUGCUAUAUUUAUCUGCAUAUUUGGCAAGAGGCAGUAUCAAUACAUAUUGCCUGAAGGCAACAUUUUUUUAUAUUUUCUAGGAAAAUACCAUGCAAAUAUCAGAAUAAUGACAGUCUCUGUUGGUUCAGUACAAUAAUGGGGUUUGAGUGAAGCCUCGUUAUUUGUCUGAAUGACAAGACAGAGUAAAACCUCAGAGCCCUAAAGCCGAAUGCCUGGGCACACCACAGGAUUACACAAAACAUAAAUUACACUGCCCAAUGACAUGACUCACAAAACUAGCCUAUAAGAGUCAGAUGGAGGACGUUCAUCAAUGGGCCUUGCUCUAGCCUCAAGGCCCUAAUGACAUGACAAAGCCCACAAGUCACACAACUGUGUAUUUCCAUCCAAGCAAUCAUUACACAAUCUCUAGAAUUGGCCUUUGGCUUGUUUUUCGCUGUUGUUUAAAAUUUGUUGUAACAAAGUGACAGCACAAUGAGUAUUCAGUAGAUACAAAUUAUGUACACAUAGUAGGCCUAUAUAAUCAAAUGGCGUUAGACAAAGUGAUCUAACUGCUGGCCUCCCCUGCUCCCGUAGAGAACUCCCUGCUGCGUUAUGUGAGUCAGAGUGAGGACAAGGCCAUGCCAGAGGAGUACCUGACAGGACGCAGCAGGAAGAAGAGUGACAAAGGCAGCCCCGCCCACUACGCCCUCCUCCCAGCCCUCCAGAUGGAAGUCUCCACGUCCGGCUCCGACUCCGCCUCCCUCUACCAUGUAUGUCCCAUUGUUCCCAGGCCCCUGAGACAACACUGACGUGUUUUUUGUUGUGAUUAUGAUCAGAUAUUUAGAGGACUGAGCACAGUGGAGACAGAUCAAUGUGGAUUGAUCUCUCAUUUUCCUGUGUGUUAUUUUGUAGAUGUUUGAACGAUCCUCACUGCGCUCAAGGUCUAGGAAGAAGAGUAAAGGUGAGUUAUUAAAAACCUACAGUCCACAACCCAUGUACAGUUUCAAAUAUACACUACAUACAUAAAUGUAUGCUGAUGCAAACCACCCAAUACAGUCGUUUCAUUGAUACCCCUCUCCUCCCUGCAGUAGGUGACUCUUUGUCCUCCAUCAGUAAGAGGCGUAUCUCAUGUAAGGACCUGGGGCGGGGGGACUGUGAGGGCUGGCUGUGGAAAAAGAAGGAUGCUAAAAGCUACUUCUCCCAGAAGUGGAAGAAAUACUGGUUCAUCCUGAAAGAUAUCUGCCUAUACUGGUACAUGAAUGAGGAGGUGAGUGUGUGAGUGACAUUGACAGACUUGCUGAUUUGUUGUACCAUGAGUUCCUCUCUGCAUCCUCUCUUGAUUAUCUUGUGAAAAUGUGAACCAUCCCGCUAUAUUUUUUGGAACUCAGAAAAGUAUGUGUCAGAACAAUAUAUGAUAUUAUGUUUUUUACUCCCUCAGGAUGAAAAGGCAGAGGGCUUUGUUAGUCUCCCAGAAUUCAAGAUUGAUCGUGCAUCUGAGUGCCGUAGGAAGUAGUGAGUACAUGUAUUUGUGUUUGUAUACAAUACAUGAAUGUGUGAGUCUUGUGGUCUGUUUGUCUGUGUGAACCUCGGCAUGUGUUUGUUUGAAUCUAUUGAGAAUGGAGUGUGAGUGUCUGUCUUUAAAUACAAAAUAUGUACAGUAUAUGCAACCUGUGUUUGUGCCCCAGAAUACUUACAGUUAGUGCUGAGCGAUUAAUCGACAUUUCGUUUUUUUGUGUGGUUAUUAAACAGCUAAUUCACCGACGUCGGUUCAAUUACUUGAAUUCCAUUUUGUUUUGUUUUUUUCAACGCACUUUCUCUAGAGAGAAAUCAUUCACGACAAAAAUCAAGUAAAGAUCUAUGUGGGACGCUGGGCUAAAGGGAGUUGUAGUUUUCAUUAAGCAAAUAUUCAACCUAGUUCAGCCCAGAAACUUUGUAAUUAACUAUAAUCCAUUGCGCCUGUUUUUUCCAUUUCGGACGGAGAUGGAUCAAAAUCUGUCCAAAAUAAGCCCAAUGCGUUUCUAUGGGCUUAUUUUGGAUUUAAAUGUGUCGCCUGCCUUCCUGCCUUUGGGACAACGACUCCCAUGGUUAGGACGGAGACAAGAGCAUCUCACCAUUAUAUACAGAUCUCUGGACGGAUACUCUUUUACGCCUGCUACGUUAGGUUAGAUCAGUGUUGCCAUGUUCGCGGGUUUCCAGUAAAAUUGGGCUACUUUGAUAACAAUGUCAUGGAUGAAAAUGUAUUGGCCGCGGGUUGCGGGUUUUUGGGCUAUUUCUCUUUAAAAAUAUACAGUACCAGUCAAUAGUUUGGACACACCUACUCAUUCAAGGGUUUUCUUUAUUUUUACUAUUUUCUACAUUGUAGAGUAAUAGUGAAGACAUCAAAACUAUGAAAUAACACAUAUGGAAACAUGUAGUAACCAAAAAAGUGUUAAACAAAUCAAAAUAUAUUUUAUAUUUGAGAUUCUUCAAAUAGCCACCCAUAGCUUUGAUGACAGCUUUGCACACUCUUGGCAUUCUCUCAACCAGCUUCACCUGGAAUGCUUUUCCAACAGUCUUGAAGGAGUUCCUACAUAUGCUGAGCACUGUUGGCUGCUUUUCCUUCACUCUGCAGUUCAACUCAUCCCAAACCAUCUCAAUUGGGUUGAGGUUGGAUGAUUGUGGAGGCCAGGUCAUCUGAUGCAGCACUCCAUCACUCUCCUUCUUGGUCAAAUAGCCCUUACACAGCCUGGAGGUGUGUUGGGUCAUUGUCCUGUUGAAAAACAAAUGAUAGUCCCACUAAGUGCAAACCAGAUGGGAUGGCGUAUCGCUGCAGAAUGCUGUGGUAGUCAUGCUGGUUAAGUGUGCCUUGAAUUCUAAAUAAAUCGCAGACAGUGUCAUCAGCAAAGCACCCCCACACCAUCACACCUCCUCUUCCAUGCUUCACGGUGCGAACCACACAUGCAGAGAUCAUCCGUUCACCUACUCUGCGUCUCACAAAGACACAGCGGUUGGAACCAAAAAUCUCAAAUUUGGACUCAUCAGACCAAAGGACAGAUUUCCACCGGUCUAAUGUCCAUUGCUUGUGUUUCUUGGUCCAAGCAAGUCUCUUCUUCUUAUUGGUGUCCUUUAGUAGUGGUUUCUUUGCAGCAAUUCGACCAUGAAGGCCUGAUUCAUGCAGUCUCCUCUGAACAGCUGAUGUUGAGAUGUGUCUGUUACUUGAACUCUGUGAUGAGUAGGUGUUCUAAAACUUUUGACCGGUAGUGUAUACCACGGAUAUGACAAAACAUGACUUUUUACUGUUCUAAUUACCUUGGUAACCAGUUUAUAAUAGCACAUAUUCAAACUCCUUUAUUACGUCAUGUCAUAGCUUGCAAUAGCUAUUAUUUUGAGGAAACCUGAAUUUAGCUUCUAACGUCAUUACAAGUUACUAUGAAAUUCCUUCUUAACUGGCUCGAUAACGUUAUGAAAAAAGGGUUUAUUGUAUAGAUGUUUUGAGUGGUCAUUGGGCUUGACAUUUUAGCUUGACCUGGUAACCCUGGGUUAGAUACACACAGACCACAUGAGAGAGGAAUGUACACAACACAAUGAAGAACAAGUACAAUUAUUUCGUCAGACAGCUCUGCAGCAUAGGCUACUUAGGCAGGCUAGCUAAAUAGGAUGACUAAAGACAGUACGGUAUGGGGAGCACAUACAGUUGAAGUCGGAAGUUUACAUACACCUUAGCCAAAUACAUUUAAACUCAGUUUUUCACAAUUCCUGACAUUUAAUCCUAGUAUAAAUGUCCUGUCUUAGGUCAGUUAGGAUCACCACUUUAUUUUAAGAAUGUGAAAUGUCAGAAUAAUAGUAGAGAGAAUGAUUUCUUUCAGCUUUUAUUUCUUUCAUCAUAUUCCCAGUGUGUCAGAAGUUUACAUACACUCAAUUAGUAUUUGGUAGCAUUGCCUUUAAAUUGUUUAACUUGGGUCAAAUGUUUCGGGUAGCCGUCCACAAGCUUCCCACAAUAAGUUGGGUGAAUUUUGGCCCAUUGCUCCUGACAGAGCUGGUGUAACUGAGUCAGGUUUGUAGGCCUCCUUGCUCGCACACACUUUUUCAGUUCUGCCCAUAAAUGUUCUAUAGGAUUGAGGUCAGGGCUUUGUGAUGGCCACUCCAAUACCUUGACUUUGUUGUCCUUAAGCCAUUUUGCCACAACUUUGGAAGUGUGCUUGGGGUCAUUGUCCAUUUGGAAGACCCAUUUGCGACCAAGCUUUAACUUCCUGACUGAUGUCUUGAGAUGUUACUUCAAUAUAUCCACAUAAUUUUCCUUCCUCAUGAUGCCAUGUAUUUGGUGAAGUGCACCAGUCCUUCCUGCAGCAAAGCACCCCCACAGCAUGAUGCUGCCACUCCCGUGCUUCACGGUUGGGAUGGUGUUCUUCAGCUUGCAAGCAGCCCUCUUUUUCCUCCAAACAUAAGUCAUUAUGGCCAAACAGUUCUAUUUUUGUUUCAUCAGACCAGAGGACAUUUCUCCAAAAAGUACGAUCUUUGUCCCCAUGUGCAGUUGCAAACCGUAGUCUGGCUUUUUUAUGGCGGUUUUGGAGCAGUGGCUUCUUCCUUGCUGAGCGGCCUUUCAGGUUAUGUCGAUAUAGGACUUGUUUUACUGUGGAUAUAGAUACUUGUGUACCUGUUUCCUCCAGCAUCUUCACAAGGUCCUUUGCUGUUGUUCUGGGAUUGAUUUGCACUUUUCGCACCAAAGUACGUUCAUCCCUAGGAGACAGAACGCGUCUCCUUCCUGAGCGGUAUGACAGCUGCGUGAUCCCAUGGUGUUUAUACUUGCGUACUAUUGUUUGUACAGAUGAACGUGGUACCUUCAGGUGUUUGGAAAUUGCUCCCAAGGAUGAACCAGACUUGUGGAGGUCUUGGCUGAUUUCUUUUGAUUUUCCCAUGAUGUCAAGCAAAGAGGCACUGAAAUACAUCCACAGGUACACUUCCAAUUGACUCAAAUUAUGUCAAUUAGCCUAUCAGAAGCUUCUAAAGCUAUGACAUCAUUUUCUGGAAUUUUCCAAGCUGUUUAAAGGCAUAGUCAACUUAGUGUAUGUAAACUUCUGACCCACUGGAAUUGUGAUACAGAGAAUUAUAAGUGAAAUAAUCUGUAUGUAAACAAUUGUUGGAAAAAUUACUUGUGUCAUGCACAAAGUAGAUGUCCUAACCGACUUGUCAAAACCAUAGUUUGUUAACAAGAAAUGUGUGGAUGUCACGAUCGUCGGAUACAGAGGACCAAGGCGCAGCGUGGAAGGCGAACAUACUUUUAUUUAUUAGAAUAAUCACCCGAACAAAUCGAUACGUGACGUCCUCGGUUCAAACACAAACCUACACUGGAACAAGAUCCCACAUAAAACAAUGCCAACGGCUACCUAAGUAUGGCUCCCAAUCAGAGACAACGAGCUACAGCCGUCUCCGAUUGGGAGCCACCCUGGCCAACAUAGAAAUACAAAACUAGAACAAACAAAGAAAACUCACACCCUGGCUCAACAUACAAGCGUCCCCAGAGCCAGGGCGUGACAGUGGAGUGGUUGAAAAAAUAGUUUAAUGACUCCAACCUAAGUGUAUGUAAACUUCCGACUUCAACUGUAGAUAACGUUAGGUUUGGCGGCUAGUGCCUGAGCAGAGAUGUAAUACAUAUAACUGAAAUAUUUUAUUAUUUCAUAGUAAUUUCCUGUUUUUCUAUUGAUGUCUACCCAAUGUGGACCUGGCAGAGACAAUGGAAUAUUUUUAAUGUUUUGGCAAUUGAAUGCUCACUAUUUUUGGCUUUGGAAUUCCCAUUAAAAAGCUUUAUUUCAUAAUGUAUUUAAUGUUUUUUUAAAUGAUCGAAACCGAAAACCGUAAUUAUUUUUUCAUAAUCGAAACCGAACCUAACCGACCUCAAAAAGCACUAACCGCUCAGCACUACUUACUGUAUGGUAUAAUCUGUCCUUGACCGCAUGUUUCUGUGUUCCAGUGCUUUCAAGGCCUGCCAUCCAAAGAUCAAAAGUUUCUACUUUGCAGCGGACAAUGCGGAUGACAUGAACAGGUGAGAGUCACUGUCAGACAUGAUUACUGUAGCUGACACAGAGGGGGAGACAGGCAAAGACAAGGAGGUGAGACAGACUGACAGAAACCUGAAAAGUUUUGACAAAUUGUGCUAGGCAGAUGACCAGGUGAGCUGAUGUGAGAUGCAAAAACAGCAGGGGAUAACAGAAUGGUGUGUGGUGUGUGAGAUCUGGAAUGGGGUGUGGCUGCCACGUUUCAUUAGUGUUGUUCCCACACAGGUGGCUGAGUCGUCUGACCAUGGCAGUGGCAGGUUACUCGGAGCAGGAGAGGAUCCGACAGGACCAGGGUGAGAAUACAUUAAUACACAUUAAUAUAGUUGACAGUAAUAGAGGACAAGAGCUGCUUCGUUUGCCCUAGGUCUACUUUAGAAAAAAAUAACACAUUGUCUCUUUCUGAUGGUGACGUGUCCUCUUUUCUGCUUCAUCCUUAUCAUCACGACCAGACUACUGGAGUGAAAGUGACCAUGAGGACAUGGAGAUGCCUUCCACCGUGCCCAAACAGGACAGCCCUCCUCCCCCCUAUGACACCUACCCCAGGCCCCCCUCAGUAAGUCACUCUUUCUGUGAAAAGCUAGACAACAACUAUUUGCAUAGUUUUAAUAUGGACUCUUCCCUCUUUUCUAAGCCUCCUGUUAUUUACAUUAUUGUUACAAUGCCAUUAUAUACCUCUCUAGCUGAGUCUCUUCCCUUUUUAAAAUUUAUAAUUCUGGUAUUUACAUUAAUUACCGUUACAAUGCCAUGACACCUCUCUGUCUGGCUCUCUGUAGGUGUCCCAAAUGAGUCCGUACCAGGAGCCCAAACAUGGCCGCCUUUCCUCCUCUGAGACCUUCCAGUCACGCUCAUCUCAUGAGGAGUUCCACCCCGAGCCACAGGAGGGCAGCAGCAGCGGAGGCGGCGUCUCGCCUGGCCAGAAGUCCUCCAGCCAACGGCGUUCGUGGCAGGACCUGAUUGAGACGCCCCUGGGCAGCACGGGGCUCCACUACCUGCAGACACUGCCCCUGCCCCUGGAGGAGGCCCUGCUGCGCUCCCCUGGAGGAGGAGGUCUGUCUGUGGAGUACCGCCGCCAGUCAACCCUCCCUGCCCAGCGCAGCCUGCUGCAGGAACACUAUGGCCCACUGCCCUUGCAACUCAGCCCCAGUGUCCCAGUAGAGGCUGGGGGGAAACCCCGUAGCUUCACCCUGCCCCGAGACAGUGGGCUCCAUGCCAUCCUCUCAGCCUCGGCCAGCACCUCUGACCACAGAGACCACCACCACUACCAGCUGGCCAGAGACACAGGUGAGACAUUAGUGAGACAUGACUGAGACACCGGACAAAGUCAUGACAGCCAUGACACCAUGAGAUGGAGAGACAUGACACCAUGAGACAGAGAAGAAAGAGUUGUGACAACAAUCUUAACCCUACUCUCCCUGUUACAUUCUAGGAUAACUUGAUGGGUAAAAAUAGUUUUAUAUACUUAAAUUGAAAUUAGUACUUAUAGGGUUAUAACCUGGUAACCAGUGGUGAGUAAUGUUGCUAAUUAUAGGCAUUGUUCAGACGCAGUCUGUGUCACGGACGCUGAUUGUCUGAGAUUUAGACCCAUCCCCCAUCCCUACAGAUCUCCAGGACACUAUUCUAAAGUGAGGUGAAAUCUUAGUGUCCUAAUUGACACUAAUUCAUCCUGGCAGCCCGACUCCCUCCUCGAUGUCUUACGCACACGCAGACACCCAUACACACACACACACGCAGACACACACACGCAGACACACACACACACACGGCCAUGAUAGAGAUGUCACUGUGCCCCACCGCAGUGUUUGGGGCGGUGGGGCGAGGAAGAAUCCUUUCAGCCCAUGUUAACGUUGAAUUUUGAAGAGGACAAAGAAACAUGCCCAAGGGGCCUUUUUUCCUGUCCUAAUUUCUCUGCCGCUCUAUUACUCACUGUCUCUACUGCUCCCUCUAUAGACUCUAACACAAAAACACACAGCAAACACUGCAUGAUACACUUCAAGAGGCACAAGCCCCACAGCUUCACAACUGACCCCUGAAACACACAACAAGUAUUGCAAAUGCACAACAUAGUAUGACAACCAGCAGACACAAAACCUCUGGGACUGUUUGAGUCAACAUACACUACAUGGCCAAAAGUCUGCUCGUCGAACAACUCAUUCCAGAAUCAUGGGCAUUAAUAUGGAGUUGGUCCCCCCUUUGCUGCUAUAACAGCCCCCACUCUUCUGGGAAGGCUUUCCACUAGAUGUUGGAACAUUGCUGCGGGGACUUGCUUCCAUUCAGCCACAACAAUGAGGUCAGGCACUGAUGUUGGGUGAUUAGGCCUGGCUCGCAGUCAGCGUUCCAGUUCAUCCCAAAGGUGUUCGAUGGGGUUGAGAUCAGGGGGCUGUGCAGGCCAGUCAAGUUCUUCCACAUCGAUCUCGACAAACUAUUUCUGUAUGGACCUCGCUUUGUGCACGGGGGCAUUGUCAUGCUGAAACAGAAAAGGGCCUUCCCCAAACUGUUGCCACAAAGUUGGAAGCACAGAAUAGUCUAGAAUGUCAUUGUAUGCUGUAGCGUUAAGAUUUCCCUUCACUGGAACUAAGGGGCCUAGCCCGAACCAUGAGAAACAGCCCCAGACCAUAAUUCCUCCUCCACCAAUCUUUACAGUUGGCACUGCAUUGGGGCAGGUAGCGUUCUCAUGGCAUCCGCCAAACCCAGAUUUGCCCGUCGGACUGCCAAAUGGUGAAGCGUGAUUCAUCACUCCAAAGAACGCGUUUCCACUGCUCCAGAGUCCAAUGGCGGUGAGCUUUACACCACACCAGCCGACGCUUGGCAUUGCGCAUGAUGAUCUUAGGCUUGUGUGCGGCUGCUCGGCCAUGGAAACCCAUUUCAUGAAGCUCCCAACGAACAGUUCUUGUGCUGACGUUGCUUCCAGAGGCAGUUUGGAACUCGGUAGUGAGUGUUGCAACCGACGACAGACGAUUUUUACGUGCUACGCACUUCAGCACUCGGCAGUCCUGUUCUGUGAGCUUAUGUGGCCUACCAAUUUGAGGCUGAGCCGUUGUUGCUCCUAGACGUUUCCACUUCACAAUAACAGCACUUACAGUUGACAGGGGCAGCUCUAGAAAAUUUGAUGAACUGACUUGUUGGGACGGUGCCACGUCGAAAGUCACUGAGCUCUUCAGUACGGGCCAUUCUACUACCAAUGUUUGUCUAUGGAGAUUGCAUGGCGGUGUGCUCGAUGUUAUACAACUGUCAGCAACGGGUGUGGCUAAAAUAGCCAAAUCCACUCAUUUGAAAGGGGUGUCCACAUACUUUUGGCCUUGUAGUGUAGCUUGCCAGAUAAAAUUUUCUUUUUACAUUUUAGUCAUUUAGCAGACGCUCUUAUCCAGAGCGACUUACAGUUAGUGAGUGCAUACAUUUUUCAUACAAAGAGCUAUGUGACAAUAGCACCAUAAGAGGGCAGUAUAUGUAAAGGAUAGCAUGGAACAUUCCACAGUAGCAGCUUACUGUGUGUGCUCUGCCUGCCUAUGAGGAAAUGCAGUACUGUGCUGAACUUCCAGGAGUGAGAGAUCUUUAUGCACAUGCAUAUUGCUGUUGUUGUUGUAUGUGGUGCCAGCCGGUGAAUGCCACGUAUUGUGACUCUGCUUGUCCUCAGGCUGUGAGAGGGAGGGCCGUCCCCAGGCUGACUCUCUGGGGGACCUGUACCGGGCCCUGGAGAGGGCCAACCUGUCCUCAAUGGGAGACCACCAGCCCUCCGCCCGCCUGGAGUACAAACGCUCCUUCGUCCGCCGCGUCAAUGACCCACUGCUCAGCGAAAAGCUGCACCGUCUCCACAUCAUACAGAGUGCGCUCAAGGUAUGACCCUCUCUCUCUCUUUCUCGCUUCCCAUCUCCCUCUCUCUCUCUCUCUCUCUCUCUCUCUCUCUCUCUCUCUCUCUCUCUCUACUGCACCUGCUGUCUGGAAUGCUUGGCUAUGAAAAGCCAACUGACAUUUACUCCUGAGGUGCUGACACAUUACACCCUCUAUAGCCCCUGUGAUUAUUAUUUGACUGUGCUGGUCAUCUAUAAACAUUUGAAAAUCUUGAAGACCGAGCUGGCCUUAUUUGCCAUGUACUCUUAUAAUCUCCAUCCUGCACAGCCAGAAGAGGACUGGCCACCCCUUAGAGCCUGGUUCCUCUCUAUGUUUCUUCCUAGAUUCCUGCCUUUCUAGGGAGUUUUUCCUAGCCACCAUUCUUCUAAAUCUGCAUUGCUUGCUGUUUGGGGGUUUUAGGCUGGGUUACUGUUAAAGCACUUUGUGACAUCUGCUGGUGAAAAAAGGUCUUUAUAAACAGGGGUGCACAUAACUUUUUCAGUGAGUUACUCAGGUGAGUACCAGCAGAUGGUGUCUGGUCUCACCCCAUAUGUAGCGUGGUCUUAAUAAGUGAAGUCUUCCUCACUGUCCUCUUCAGUGUCGCCCCCACUGUCCUCUGCUUCAGCUUCCUGCAUGGUAGAUGAUGAAGAUGCUGCAGAUGCACCUCCCUGUCCUUGGUUGAGCCUCCGAUUAGCUGUCUCCAUCCACAGGUCAACAGCAGGCUUUGGGUCAAAUGUCUCUGUGGUCUGCUUUGACAGGUGAAUGUGCAUCAGGGCUGAGAGACGAGCAUGUGACAGACAAGAUCUGUACUUGGUUUUUAUAAUGUUGAGAUGUGAGAAUCCCCUCUCACAAGCUGCACUGCUUAAAGGCAGUGUAAGAGACAGCUUAACCACCUUGUUGAUGUUGGAGUAAGCAUCUGGGUUACUUGUAUUUACUAUUUGGACCAAGUCAUACACAGAAGAGGCUCCCAGGCGUUUUCCUGCCUGCUUUAAGCACAUCCAUUCUGUCACAGUGGUAUCUUUGUCAAGUUGCAAGGUGGCCUCAUAUUUCUUGAGAAUGUUGCAAACUGUUGUGUUUCCAAAUCUGUGGAGGUCUUGCAUUUCCUGAGGCCAUGUUGAAGGAUCAAAUACUAAGAAAUGAUCACAUGACUUGAGGGAGUCAUAUCUGAUUUCAAACUCUUCAAUUAACCCCCUGAGUAAGUGUGUCUUGUCUCUGUCAGCAUCAGCAUUGGAAACAGUGUGUGCCCUGUGGCUUUCACCAUCAAGCAGAAGUGUGAACUGUCCAAUGGCCACCAUGAGUUCAUCCUUACAUUCUCCAAUGGUCAGCUUUUCCUUCUGAAACCUAAUGGAUGUGGUCUUCAAAAUGUUGCAAAUGUCAAGCAUGUUUGACAGAAAGCACUGAAAACGCUCUGUGCAGAUAUGCUGCAAGUCACUGUUAUCACUUGUAACCAGUUGCAUUUUAAUGGCUGGCAAUAGUCUUGAUAUUUUUAACAGUGUUUCAUGCCUCCAUGCAGACCAUCUGAUAUUAUGAAACUUACCCAGUUUCACAAAGGAGAUCCCAUUUUCUUCACAUAGCUUAUUCAGUGCAGCAGUUUUUUGCUCCACCUUUUUGUAAAUAAAACUGCAGCAGCUUGACCACAGAGCGAUUAAAUGUCUCACAGUAAGGAACGUUGCGAUCAGCUGAUUUCGCGCAAUUCUCCAGUGUGUGUGCGGUGCACAGAAUGUGCACAAGGGAGUCUCCAACCGCAGCAAGUUGCCGGAGUUUUGGCACAACGCCGUUGUAGAUACCUACGUUGACAGCAGCCCCGUCUGUGCACACAGCGACCAACUUUGUUGUCCAGUCAUCCAAGCCUGUGUCCUGGAAAAGUCUCACAAGUCCGUCUGUUAUGGCCUGUGCGGUUCGGUCAGCACCCAAUUCAAUCAGUCCAAUAAAGUCCGAAGUAAACUCUCCGUUGCUGGACACAGACACAAUGUAAACGAUUUCCUGCUCAGUUUUUGUGAUGUCCUCAGAUCCAUCAAAAAGCAGCCCCCAAAAUUCAGCAGACUGCAACUUGGCUCGUAACUCCCCGCUGAUGGUGUGAGCGAUGCUCUGCAUGAUCCGUGUGCCCCCUUCACGUGAAUGAUAUGCACCUCCGACAUUUACUCCUAGCCGCUUCAGUAAAGGAACAUCCUCAGAAUAGGAAGACAUGGGACGUGCGUGUUUAGCUUUAUGGACGGCGAGGAGAAAAAUAUUAAACAGAGCUUGCUGCUGUUCUUCAUUUAGCUUGUCUCGCCAUCUGGCAAGUGGGCGACUGGACAUUUCUUCUCGGCUAGCUUGUUUAGCAAUGGCUUGCGCCACAUUCGUGUGCUCCUUGCUCUUUUCAUGUUUGUCAAAUAAAGAAUGGUUGAAAUUCUUUGAGCCUUUAUAAAAUGCACCUGUUUUGUCUGCUAGAUGUGGAUUUGAGAGGAAAAUCUUGCACCACAUUUCAGUGCGCUCAUCGUUAGCUUCAAGCCACUGCAAAUCUUGGAGCCACUUUUCCGAAAAAAGUAUUUUCUUCGGCUCUGGCUCCAGUUGGCGUUUCUUUGUAGGUGGCGAAACGCCAAAGAAGCUGCUUAAUGUCUGUUGCUUUUUGGACAUCCCUGACAGUAGUUGACAAGCAACAUGUCAUGUGUAAGGUUAGAUGAGAAGAUCGGUCAAGUACGCAAAGGCGCGUAGUAACACAAGUGGCAUUACGCAUUCCUGAUUUUUGUCGCGCUUGCGUACCUGCGUACCAGUUAUGUGCACCCCUGUUUAUAAAAUAUAUUUGAUUGAUAGAUGACAGGGCCUAUAGAAUAUAGUGUGUGUACAGUGUGUGAACUGUUUAUGUAGUGUAUACAGUGUAUCACAUCUUAAAUCAUACUCUUCUUUCCCCCUGACAGAAUGUCCCUCUUCAGGACUCUGACCCGUCGUUGGGUUUUUUAGGAUAGCCUGUGUGGAACAGACCAUGGACAUCAUAGUCACCCCAUUCAUCCUGCCAAGGGACGUGCCCUUACUGCCCUACCCCAGCCAUUCCGUCAUCCCUGGAAGACAGCCACAACAACCAGGGUUACCCCCCCUCUCUCUCUCUUUCACUCAAUCUCACUCUCUCUCUCUGCACACCCACAUCUACCUCUAAGGACCUUUCCUCAUGCAAAAUAGUUUGUUCAAUGAGCAAAAUAACCAUAAAAUAUUAAAUAGAUGGGAUGACACAUUAUCCAAGUUACAUCGUGUAAUUACAGUACUUAAACUCUGGUUCAAUAAUAGUGUUUUUCUCAAUGACAUUUUUAAAGGAAAGUUACAACAUAAAUUGCACUGGAGAAUAUAGUGAGGCCAGGAUUCAAUCAGAUCAGCAUUAACCCGCGUUAACCGACAAAAGCAUAGCUUAAUAUUGCCUUUGUUUAGGCGGUGUGUCACGUCUACUCCUGAUCCCCCUCUCCGGCGUUCGACGUCGCCGGUUUACUAACCACCGGUCCUGGCAACCAUUAUUACACGCACCUGGCAUCAAUCAUUACUGCUCUUAUGGUAAUUGUCACGAAAACCACACCCGUCCUUAUGUCCCACCUGCGUUAGAAGUUCAGAAGGAGAAAGUGUAGGCUAUACAGAAAUAAUGACACUCAAAUUGAAAAUCAUUUAACUAAAUAAUAAGGAUUUCUAUCAGCCUAAUCGAGGUGUAGAUUAUAUCACACAUUCCAGUGUUCGAACUUGUAACACGGCUGCAUGGGAUUUCGUCUAACGCAGUUACACCUCCGACACGCCUAAACAAAAGCAAUAUUAAGCUAUGCGUUUGUCGGUUAGUGCUGAUCUGAUUGAACCCUGGCCUGAGUUUUAUGGUAUUUUUUGCACAGUUCAUUGCUGUUUUGCGUGAGGAAAAUGUUGCACUAUGUGUCUUUAUACCCAUCUCCCUCCACCUAUUUUAGCAGCUCUUGGAUGCACAUUCAUCUCAUUCUGGGUUUCUGUCCACUCCAUCUCUCUCUUUCUCAGAACAUUGUCUGUGAAGGACAGUAUUGUUUGACUUAUUAAGAGUAAUCUUCUAGAAGGCACAUAUGACAUCCACAGCCAUUUCUGGUUUGAUGAUAUUGGAUAUUUCCACCCAUCUGAAAGACUGAAUUAGUGGGGCGCCCUUUAACUCACUGCUCACCUGCAUGGCCAUGUUAGAACCUUCUGCUUCUCUACAGGACUGUCUUUUCUGAAGACUAUGCCAGGGUUGUGUACAGUAACACUACAAUGAGUCUUGAUCUUAAAUGAACUAUAAUAAGCAAUUGUAUUUUUGAUGUCUACAAUGUUUAUGUUAUGCAUGUGUGAAUGGUAAAUGAGUACAGUGGGGAAAAAAAGUAUUUAGUCAGCCACCAAUUGUGCAAGUUCUCCCACUUACAAAGAUGAGAGAGGCCUGUAAUUUUCAUCAUAAAAAUCCAGAAAAUCACAUUGUAGGAUUUUUAAUGAAUUUAUUUGCAAAUUAUGGUGGAAAAUAAGUAUUUGGUCACCUACAAACAAGCAAGAUUUCUGGCUCUCACAGACCUGUUGUCAUGAGCCCUCUCACUCCACCGGGUUACCACCUUAAUUUGUUUCCACUAUCUUCCACUCUGCUCACCACUCUCUCUACUCAGCCUAACUAGCUCCACCUGUCCCUGCUCUGCUCUGCUCUAAUUACUCUGCCAGCUGCGCUGCAUUACCCACUAACCUCUCCCAGUAUUUAAAGCCCUGUCUUUCAGCUCUCCUUUGUCAGAUCGUCUGCAAAGCUCACACCCGGAACCUGUUUGCUCGCGCUUCUGGCUCACCCUUGUUUUGUGACCCCGGACCUGCCUGAUUCUUGGAUACUCUUCUGCCCCAGGAAUACCAGACCUGCUUUCUGCCAUAACGACUCCUGACUACUCUUCGAUCCCGGACUUCUGGACCACCCACCACCGGCGUCAUAGGACGCAUCGCUGCCACUGGGGGGGGCACAGACCCAGCACAUUGGACGGAAUCCCUGUUAUUCCCAGUAACCCCUGGAGCCUUCACUCACUCCCUACUUCCCUUUUCCCUUAAGUUUUAAUAAACUUUCUGGUGUGACGCAAUUGUGGUCCUCUGGUCGUCUGUCUGAACCGUGACAGUACGAUCUGACCAUCAUGGACUCAGCGCACACUUCCCCCGACAUGGAAACCGACGAACCUGAGCAACCCACCGCCAUGCUACGCCUGGAACACACUGAGAGAGGGCUAGCCCGCAUGAGCGGCGACAUCACCUCUCUGCUUCAGGUCGGCCACCAACAGCAUCAGCAGUUCCAGCAGCACCAGCAGCAGUUCCAGCAGCAGCAACAACAACUCGCCAUGAUCAUCCAACUCCUCACCAACCUUACCCCAGCCACUCCGCCCACCGGCCCGUUUCCAGGCAGUCUGCCCACCAGCCCUGCCCCCGAGUUACCUGCCCCGGUCAUUGCAGCCGCUGCUCCGGAACCCAAGAUUGGAAACCCCGAGCGGUUCAACGGCGAUUCAACCCAGGUCCGGCCAUUCCUGACUAGCUGCCGACUUCAGUUCUCCUUGCAGCCAAGGACCUUCGCCACGGAGGGGGCUAAAGUUGGGUAUGCCAUCACUCACCUGACGGGCCGAGCUCGACUCUGGGGAACAGCAGAGUUUGAACAUCAAACCCCCGCAUGUGCAACCUUCGACCUGUUUGCUGAGGAGAUGCUGAAGGUGUUUGACCUGGAUUCACCAACCGCAGAGGCGUCUCGUGAACUGUUCAGUAUUCGACAAGGCAGACGUACAGUCGCAGACCAUUCCAUCGACUUCCGAACCCUGGCAAGACGAAGUUCUUGGAACACACCAUCGUUGGUGGACGCGUUCUUCCAUAGCUUGGCUGACUAUAUCAAGGACGAGUUGGUCUCCCAUGAACUGCCUUCCACUCUUGAUGAAGCCAUCGCACUGACUGUCCGGAUCGACAGAAGGAUACAGACCCGUCGUCGUGAGAGGGGGCGCCAAGGUCCACCAACUACCGGCAUUCGGAGAGAUCCGACUGGGCUCCUGUCAUCUACUGCCACUCACCCAAGUCAGCUUGAUCAGUCUGAGCCUAUGGAGAUUGGGCGAGCCUCUCUCACUCCUGCAGAGCGCCAGCGCCGCUUCACCUCAAACCUCUGCCUCUAUUGUGGAGGUGAUGGACAUCGUGUGGUAACCUGCCCUUUAAAAGCCGAAGCUCACCGGGCAUAGGGGGAGUCCGGUUGAGCUCAAUGACCAUCCAGUCCUCCAACCGCAAACCCCUGCUGCAAGUUCACCUCCGCCUCUCUGACUCAACUCACACCCUGGCUGCUCUGGUGGAUUCUGGCGCCGAAGCCAACAUAAUGGACAUCAAGCUGGCACGCCAACUGGGACUGGAGAACCUCCGUUUGACACCUCCUAUUCCUGCCCGGGCACUGGACGGACACUUACUCGGAUCGGUCACUCAUGUCACGGCCCCGGUCUCGAUGGGUCUGUCCGGAAACCAUCAAGAAACUAUCCAGUUUCACCUGCUCCCCUCUCCAGGCCAACCCCUCAUCCUGGGUUACCCAUGGCUCCGCCGGCACAACCCUCAGCUCGACUGGGUGACCGGGGUGAUCAGGGAGUGGGGAGAGGACUGCCACCGAACCUGCCUGCUUGCUGCCGCACUACCCCCUCGGCCAGUACCUACUAACUCCGCUCCUGACCUCUCCAAUGUCCCAGAAUGCUACCAUGGUCUCAGAGAAGUGUUUAACAAAGCAAGAGCCACAUCUCUGCCCCCUCACCGACCGUACGACUGUGCCAUCGACCUCCUCCCUGGAACAGCCCCUCCAAAGGGCCGUCUUUAUUCGUUGUCUGCUCCUGAAAGAAGGUCCAUGGAGGACUACAUCAAUGACUCUCUGUCCGCAGGAUUAAUCCGUUCAUCUUCAUCUCCUGCUGGUGCUGGCUUCUUCUUUGUGGGGAAGAGGGACGGAUCUCUUCGCCCCUGCAUCGACUACAGGGGACUCAACGACAUCACAGUGAAAAACCGUUACCCUCUGCCUCUGCUCACCUCUGCUUUUGAGUUGCUCCAGGGAGCCACUGUUUUUACCAAGUUGGAUCUCAGAAACGCUUACCACCUAGUGCGGAUCCGGGAGGGAGAUGAAUGGAAAACCGCAUUCAAUACACCAACAGGCCACUACGAGUAUCUGGUUAUGCCUUUUGGCCUCACCAAUGCUCCUGCUGUGUUCCAGGCUCUAGUGAAUGAUGUACUGCGGGACAUGUUAAACAAGUUUGUCUUCGUUUACCUGGAUGACAUCUUAAUCUACUCCAGAAACCUGUCUGAACACACCCGCCAUGUCCAGCAAGUCCUUCAUCGUCUUCUGGAGAAUUCCCUCUACGCCAAGGCAGAGAAAUGUGAGUUUCACGUCAAGACAGUGGCCUUCCUGGGGUACAUAGUGGCAGAGGGAAGUAUCCAAAUGGAUCCUGCCAAAGUAUCAGCAGUCACUUCAUGGCCAGUUCCGGAGAACAGAAAGAAGCUGCAACAGUUUCUGGGGUUUGCUAACUUCUAUAGAAAGUUUAUCCGGAACUACAGUACCGUUGCUGCCCCUCUCACUGCUCUAACCAGCACCAAGCAACCCUUCACCUGGACCCCAGCAGCCGACAAAGCCUUCAGUACCCUCAAGGUAAGGUUCACCUCCGCUCCCAUCCUCCAGAUGCCUGAUGUGGACCGGCAAUUCAUUGUGGAGGUGGACGCCUCGGAUGUGGGAGUUGGUGCUGUGAUUUCUCAGUGGGCUGCGGAGGAUAGGAAGCUCCAUCCCUGUGCCUUUUUCUCACGUCGGUUGUCCCCCUCUGAGUACAAUUACGACAUAGGGAACCGAGAGCUGCUGGCUGUGAAGCUUGCCUUGGAGGAGUGGCGUCACUGGCUGGAGGGGUCCACCAUUCCAUUUCUCGUUUGGACCGAUCAUAAGAACUUGGAGUACAUCCGCACAGCCAAACGGUUGAACUCCAGGCAGUCCCGCUGGGCCCUGUUCUUCACCAGGUUUAAUUUCACUCUGUCAUACCGGCCUGGAUCACGCAACACCAAGCCAGACGCCCUCUCCCGUCAAUUCCAGAAGGAUGACACCCCCUCCAAGGAUCCUGUGUCGAUUCUGCCAAGUCCCUGCAUCGUAGCAGCUCUGACCUGGGCUGUUGAGGAACAGGUGCUGGAAGCUCUCCGUAACCAGCCAGGUCCCAGCACUUGCCCAGCUGACCGCCUUUUUGUCCCCGAAAACCUGAGGUCCCAGGUCGUUCAGUGGGGACAUGACUCCCGCCUAGCUUGUCACCCUGGCUCCACCCGCACUUACAACCUGCUCGCCCAGAGGUUCUGGUGGCCCUCUCUGAGAAAGGAUGUACGGGAAUUCGUCCAAGCCUGCCCCAUCUGCAACCAACACAAGUCGUCCUGCCAGCCCCCAGCCGGAUUGCUGCAGCCCCUGCCUGUGCCCAGACGUCCCUGGUCUCACAUCGCCCUUGACUUUGUCACGGGGCUGCCCCCUUCAAGUGGCAUGACCGUCAUUCUCACCAUAGUUGACCGAUUCAGCAAGAUGGCACACUUCAUUCCCCUCCCCAAGCUCCCAACCGCCAAGGAGACCGCCCAGGUGGUUCUGGAACACGUCUUCCGGAUCCACGGACUGCCAAAGGAUGUAGUUUCUGACCGUGGUCCACAAUUCUCCUCCGCUUUUUGGAAGGAGUUCUGUCACCUGCUGGGAGCCACAGUCAGUCUGACUUCCGGAUUCCAUCCCCAAUCCAAUGGGCAGUCAGAGCGGGCAAAUCAGGAGCUCGAGAAGGCACUGCGAUGCAUGACUUCACGCAACCCCCACUCCUGGUCGCAGCAAUUGACAUGGGUGGAGUACGCACACAAUUCUCUGACCUGCUCUGCCAUCGGUAUGUCCCCUUUCCAAUGUGUUUAUGGAUACCAGCCUCCUCUAUUUGCCAGCCAGGAAGGGGAGGUUACUUGCCCAUCUGCACUUGCUUUUGCCCGUCGAUGUCGCCGCACCUGGUCGCAAGCCCGAGCCACACUCCUUAGAUCCGUUGCCAGCUACACUACCGGGGCCAACCGUCGGAGAAUUCCUGCUCCCACCUACCAUGUUGGUCAAAGGGUGUGGUUGUCAUCGAGGAACCUGCCACUCAGGGUGGAGUCGCAUAAGCUGGCACCUCGGUUCAUUGGCCCAUUCCCUAUCAUAAGAGUGAUUAGCCCAACUGCUGUCCGGCUCCAACUGCCUAAUUCCAUGAGGGUGCACCCCACUUUCCAUGUGUCUAAGAUUAAGCCCAUUCAUGAGAGUCCGCUGGUCCCUGCUGCGCCUUGUCCUCCUCCUCCACAGCUCGUCGAUGGUGGUCUGGUUUACACCGUCCGCCGCCUGCUUCGGUCCAGACGGAGGGGUAGGGGUCUCCAGUACCUCAUUGACUGGGAGGGCUAUGGACCUGAGGAAAGGACCUGGGUGCCAGCUAGUCGGAUUGUGGAUAGGACUCUCAUCACCGCCUUCCACCAACGGCAUCCUGAUCAACCUGCAAUCCGUAGGGGCCGCCCCAGAGGGGUCCCUAACCGUCCUGCCCGCUCGGCUUCCUGUCCUGUGCCUGAUCCUGUCUCGGGACCUGUCCCAUCUCCCGACCACGGCCCUCCGGCUUCCUCCGAGGAUGAGGACGUUCACUCGGACCGUUCGGAGGAGUUCUAGCCCUCCUCCGGCUCCCCUCCUCCCGCCCGGCGUGGUGUUGCUCUUGGGACUUCUGGGGCCGUCCCUUGGGGGGGGGGUUCUGUCAUGAGCCCUCUCACUCCACCGGGUUACCACCUUAAUUUGUUUCCACUAUCUUCCACUCUGCUCACCACUCUCUCUACUCAGCCUAACUAGCUCCACCUGUCCCUGCUCUGCUCUGCUCUAAUUACUCUGCCAGCUGCGCUGCAUUACCCACUAACCUCUCCCAGUAUUUAAAGCCCUGUCUUUCAGCUCUCCUUUGUCAGAUCGUCUGCAAAGCUCACACCCGGAACCUGUUUGCUCGCGCUUCUGGCUCACCCUUGUUUUGUGACCCCGGACCUGCCUGAUUCUUGGAUACUCUUCUGCCCCAGGAAUACCAGACCUGCUUUCUGCCAUAACGACUCCUGACUACUCUUCGAUCCCGGACUUCUGGACCACCCACCACCGGCGUCAUAGGACGCAUCGCUGCCACUGGGGGGGGCACAGACCCAGCACAUUGGACGGAAUCCCUGUUAUUCCCAGUAACCCCUGGAGCCUUCACUCACUCCCUACUUCCCUUUUCCCUUAAGUUUUAAUAAACUUUCUGGUGUGACGCAAUUGUGGUCCUCUGGUCGUCUGUCUGAACCGUGACACCUGUAACUUCUUCUUUAAGAGGCUCCUCUGUCCUCCACUCGUUACCUGUAUUAAUGGCACCUGUUUGAACUUGUUAUCAGUAUAAAAGACACCUGUCCACAACCUCAAACAGUCACACUCCAAACUCCACUAUGGCCAAGACCAAAGAGCUGUCAAAGGACACCAGAAACAAAAUUGUAGACCUGCACCAGGCUGGGAAGACUGAAUCUGCAAUAGGUAAGCAGCUUGGUUUGAAGAAAUCAACUGUGGGAGCAAUUAUUAGGAAAUGGAAGACAUACAAGACCACUGAUAAUCUCCCUCUAUCUGGGGCUCCACGCAAGAUCUCACCCUGUGGGGUCAAAAUGAUCACAAGAACGGUGAGCAAAAAUCCCAGAACCACACGGGGGGACCUAGUGAAUGACCUGCAGAGAGCUGGGACCAAAGUAACAAAGCCUACCAUCAGUAACACACUAUGCCGCCAGGGACUCAAAUCCUGCAGUGCCAGACGUGUCCCCCUGCUUAAGCCAGUACAUGUCCAGGCCCGUCUGAAGUUUGCUAGAGUGCAUUUGGAUGAUCCAGAAGAGGAUUGGGAGAAUGUCAUAUGGUCAGAUGAAACCAAAAUAGAACUUUUUGGUAAAAACUCAACUCGUCGUGUUUGGAGGACAAAGAAUGCUGAGUUGCAUCCAAAGAACACCAUACCUACUGUGAAGCAUGGGGGUGGAAACAUCAUGCUUUGGGGCUGUUUUUCUGCAAAGGGACCAGGACGACUGAUCCGUGUAAAGGAAAGAAUGAAUGGGGCCAUGUAUCGUGAGAUUUUGAGUGAAAACCUCCUUCCAUCAGCAAGGGCAUUGAAGAUGAAACGUGGCUGGGUCUUUCAGCUUGACAAUGAUCCCAAACACACCGCCCGGGUAACGAAGGAGUGGCUUCGUAAGAAGCAUUUCAAGGUCCUGGAGUGGCCUAGCCAGUCUCCAGAUCUCAACCCCAUAGAAAAUCUUUGGAGGGAGUUGAAAGUCUGUGUUGCCCAGCGACAGCCCCAAAACAUCACUGCUCUAGAGGAGAUCUGCAUGGAGGAAUGGGCUAAAAUACCAGCAACAGUGUGUGAAAACCUUGUGAAGACUUACAGAAAACGUUUGACCUGUGUCAUUGCCAACAAAGGGUAUAUAACAAAGUAUUGAGAAACUUUUGUUAUUGACCAAAUACUUAUUUUCCACCAUAAUUUGCAAAUAAAUUCCUAAAAAAUCCUACAAUGUGAUUUUCUGGAGAAAAAAAUUCUCAUUUUGUCUGUCAUAGUUGACGUGUACCUAUGAUGAAAAUGACAGGCCUCUCUCAUCUUUUUAAGUGGGACAACUUGCACAAUUGGUAGCUGACUAAAUACUUUUUUCCCCCACUGUAUGUAUGUAUGUGUGUUAGGAGAGUGUACAGUAUGUUAAGCAUAUAUAUUUAUUUCAUAAACUGGAUAUCGUAAAACUGGUAUGUCAGAACAAAAUGUAAGGAGAUACCAUUUCAACUUCAGUGUUGUGCCUCAGAGAUUUCUGAAGGUAUUAACACUCCAAAACUGGGUGAACAUAGAUAGUUAAUGGCUGCAGGGCAGAAUCUCUCUCUUAUAAUAAACAGAAACUGGUGCACAGAGACAGACAGACAGACAAGGACUGGCAAUAAUAAACCAGUACUGUAAAUUGUGAAGCAUUGAUCAGAAACACGUGUCUAUUUUUGUAUGCAUGCUAUCUAUCCAAAUGUUUGUAAAUGGUUUUUGUAUUCCGAUGUGUGUGUGAGAUCUGGAGACUGCUGGUGUGAACCCAUCAUCCACAUUGUGUUUCUAAGAAAUAUUUAACAUUUUAAGUAAAAGCAACAGAAGAAAGUGUUAGUUUUUGAAGUGUUCUCUGCAAAAAGGUAAAUAACUGUAUUUAUAAACUGUUCAAUGUUUGAGCAUGCUUUGUAUAACUUAAACAGAAUAUCAUGCCAUUUGAAAUCUAUGAAAGUCGCACAUGUUUGGCGUAUCGUGGCUAAUUUACUUUUUUAUUCAAUAAUAAACGAUGGCUUGUCCAUCCCAUGAACUCUCCCUGAAUGAUGAUUCCCCCAUUUCAAGUAUUUUCUUUGGUGCUCUAUUCCUGAUGAGUGGAACACAGAUUGUAGAUACAACUAUUUUCCUCUAAAAGUUUCUCCCUCGAUGUUGGAUGUUUCUUUAUACUGUAUCAGCAGUAAGCAUUAAUACGUUAUUCUUACUGGUAAACCCCUAUGUUGAUACACUAUUGAAAAGCACAGAACAUUCUCUAUAAAUCCAUCUUUGAACAUGGCGGUCAGCCUAUCAGGAGGUUGAUGAAGAAGCAGCUCAGAUUCCCAGAGGAGAUAGGCAGCACAAGCCUCAAACCAGAUAUCGUUUUCUGGUCUAGAAGCACCAAGCAGGUGCAGGUCGUCAUCGAGCUUACAGUGCCCUGGGAGGAGGAUAGAGGAGACACAUGA